GCCUCCCUCCCGCCUCUCCUGCGCGCGGUUGGCCACCCACCCUCGCUGCCAAACUUGCAGAGCCAGCCCCUCCGGCCACCCUACGCCGGCAGAAGGAUGCCACAAGCCCUCUAGGAGGAGUUGAGGAAGGCGACUUGCUGGAUUUCGCUGCUGCUGCUGCGCCGUAGAUCUCGCUGCAGAGAGAGAGGGAGAGGGAGAGAGAUUGACAACCCGGGAGACGCCGAGCGCGCAAAGCUCCCCAGCGCAAAGUUUGCGCGCCCGGACGCAGCCUACUUUUGCUCCUCUGGCUCCCCAACCGUCACUUCUCUCCCGCUCCGAUUGGAGGGGGCUCGGAUUUAGCUGCAGAGGGACCGGCAACGUCUUCCCCGCCGUUCCCCUUUUCUCUCCCUCCGCGCUCCUGCGUCGCAUCCUCUGGACCGACAAGCUGGAAGGAUGUCCGGGAAACUGUCAAGCAGCCGGCUCUGGACACUGACGACGACGCGACGCUUGCGCCCAGCUCGGUCCUUCUUCCCGAAGCCUCCGCAGCCAACGCAUCUUGCUGGAUGAAGGACCCUCGAUGGGGGAAACAAGCGGGGGGCCGACAGGAGUUAUUUAAAGGAGUGAUUUGCUGCCUUCUCACCCCCGGUCCCAAUUUUCUGUUUUAUUUUUUAUUCCCACCCCCCUACCCCCGCGUACAGGGGUUGUUGCUGCUCAGCCUUUUUACAAGGGACUUUUGCAAACGCGCGCGUGCGUUGGAGAGGUGCAAGGAGGAACGUCAAAUACUUUUUUAUCUUAUUACUGAGUGGAGGAGGUGGCUGAGGACGAAGGGGACAGCUCAGGGGCCACGCACACAAACACACCUGAUGGACAGAGAGGUGAGAGGGGGAAGGGAGGGAGGGAGGUGAAAGAGGUAGCCCGCGCAGCAUUGCCGGGGGAGGAGAGAGAGAGAAAGCGGGUUCCUUGAGAUCCAGCACCUUUGCAAGAUGAUUUUGCUGCUCAUGUGUGUGUGCAAGAAGUGAGAAGAGUAGGGACACAACAGCAUCCCUGGUGGCGUGCAGUGACGUGGAUAGAGGUCCACCUUUGCAGGAAACGAUGGUGUAAAAAAAAAAAGGAUUGCAGAGGAGGAGAGAUAUAAGUGGGAGGAAACUCCUCCUGUGCAAAAAGAGAGACUUUUUUCUCUCUCUUGGGAGUGUGGAGUUCAAAAUCAUUAUAGGUGAUUCUGGGGAUGGUACCAGGGAGAGAGUGAGCCAUGCCUGUUGCUCAUCUCCUAGGCACCUCCAUCACGCUCAACCCAUCUCCCAUGGAGACUGGCCCCUUUUGAAAAAGAAUGACUUUCCCUGACCGGAUUAAUGCCAGCUUGAAUGGGAACCACACGGGAGAAGAAGCCGAGGGGGUCAACGGGUCCUGGGCAGGGGGGGAUGUUGACCCCGACAACAGCACCUCCUUGGCACUGAGGUUGACCUUGCAGUCGGUGGGCGUGGGGGUCUUCCUCGCCCUCUUCAUCCUCUCGGCCAUCGUGGGCAAUAUCCUGGUCAUCCUCUCGGUAGCCUGCAACCGUCAGUUGCAGACUGUGACCAACUACUUCAUCAUCAACUUGGCCAUCGCUGACCUGCUGCUCAGCACCACUGUCCUGCCCUUCUCAGCCACCUUGGAAGUUCUGGACCUGUGGAUCUUUGGCCGCAUCUUCUGCGACAUCUGGGCGGCGGUAGACGUCCUCUGCUGUACCGCCUCCAUCAUGAGCCUGUGCAUCAUCUCUGUGGAUCGGUACAUCGGGGUCAAAUACUCGCUCAAGUACCCCACCAUUAUGACUGAGAAGAAGGCGGUCAUCAUCCUAGUGGUGGUCUGGCUCUCUUCCAUGGUCAUCUCCAUUGGGCCCCUCUUGGGCUGGAAGGAGGAGCCGCCCGAAAACGACGAAACCUGCAGCAUCACGAUGGAGCCGGGCUACGCCAUCUUCUCUUCGCUCUUCUCCUUCUACUUGCCACUCAUGGUCAUCCUGGUGAUGUACUUCAACAUCUACGUGGUGGCAAGGAGGACCACCAAGAGCUUGGAGGCCGGGGUCAAGAAAGAGCGUGGGAAGUCCAUGGAAGUGGUGCUCAGGAUCCACUGCCGCAGUGUCCUCGAGGACUCCCUGGCCGCCAGCACCAAGGGCAAAGGGCACACCUUCAGGAGCUCUCUCUCAGUGCGCCUCUUGAAGUUCUCCAGGGAGAAGAAAGCGGCCAAAACUCUUGCGAUCGUUGUUGGGGUUUUCAUCCUCUGCUGGCUGCCUUUCUUUUUCGUGCUGUCUUUCGGUAAGUGAGGCACCUUGACUUCUCUUGUGCGAUGUUCACGAGAUGUGAGUUCUCUUUUACAUGACAUCUGUCUUCUCCUCUUACAUUGCAUCUGUCUUCACUUUUAUAUUUUUAUAUGUUGUGUGUUUCAAUGGUCCUGACUUUAUAGAUAGAUAUUUUAAAGUAUGUUGCUUACUGUUACGUCUUAUUUAUGAUACUUAAAAAAAAAUGUUUUAUUGUACAUUGCCCUGAGCUCCUUUAGAGGAAGGGUGAUCCAGCAAUGUGAUUAAUAAAUUAUGAAUUCCAGUUGCUCCUCAAGGGUGAACUUUACAACCUUGUUAAGUCUACUUUUCUAGGUUCCCUUAGAAAUAAAAUAGGCUGGCAGUGGGGAUAACUAUCAGCCAUUGUGGGCCAUCCAGUAAACCUUGAAUCCCAUUAGAUACUCUGGAUAGCUUAUUAUAAUCAUUAAAUUUUGGGCUUGCCACUCCACCUGUCCAAUUAAGCCAGCAGUGGCCUCCCUUGCAAGACUGUUGUUGUUGUGACCCCACAGAAUAUAGUUGCUCAGAGGCUAGAUGAGAAGAGGACAAUUCUUUGUUUAAUUUCCUUAUUUGAAACGUUUUUGUCCACCUGCAAGUGAGAAAACACAAUCAUCACCAAGACCCAACUGCUUGUAUAUAAAAAAAGUAUGUUGAUAUCCCUAGUAACAGUGUCCCACACGGACAUAAAUAAUCGUACAAAGUUAUAUAGAAUUUUCUGAUGUUGCAAUGAGCCAUACAAGCAGAAAAGUAGCCAUACUACGGAGUACUGGUACUUGUCAACUAAUUAACUGAAAAUGCAAAUUUUAAACCAUGCUUAUCAUAUGACUCGAGUGGUAUCCAAACACUCACUGCCAAUCUCAUCCUUGGCGCUUUGUAGGAGAAUCAGACCCAUUAUUCCACUGAGCUCAGCAAUGUCUAUAUUAAAUAGAAGAGGUACUCUGGGGUUCCAAGUAGGCAGCCUUUGCCAGUCCUACCCGGAGAUGCCAGGGACUGAAUCUGGCUCUGCCACUGAGCCACAGUCAGUCCCAAACGAAAGCAGCUGCCUUACCCCAUGUCAGACCAUUGGUACACCUAGCUGGCUGGCAGUGGCUCUCCAAGGCUUCCCACCAGGAGGUGCUGGGGAUUGAACCAGGAACCUUCUGCAUGCAAAGCACCGAACUACCACCCUUCCCCUAAUCUGCAUGGCAGGGUCAUGCUACAGAUAGGAGGCGGUGCUCUUUUUCAAAGCACCGCUCAGCAUCCAGUGAUUCAUGCUCAUUUGGAAGCAAGAAGCACCCAUCAAAUUUGCACGGGAGCUGAAGCCCCUUGAUGUUGACUACUGCAAGGACUGGGGAGUGGAGGCCCCAGCAGUUUGCUGUCCCAUGCAGCUGCACUGCACAUCGGAAGGUGCGUCUCCCAAGAUCCUUUGCAGCCAUGCAAAGGAUGCCGGGACGCCAGGCACUCAGAUGCAUGGAAAUCCAAGAGAGGGGCCCAGGUAUCUUUUGUGCAAAGGGAGGCUUCGUUCCGAUUGCAACCAGAUUCCUGGUACCCUCGACUGAUAUCACUGCCUGCCCUGUGAAGUAUGGCAGUGAGACUUUCCCUCUUCGUUCUGACUCAGGGCAGCCUUUCCAAAGUCUCCUGGUACAGACAGGCUGUUGAUUGGUUUGUCUUACCCAUGCUUCAAAACAGUUGGUUUCCACCAUCAGGAAGAUUCCUCCACCAUCAGGAAGAUGCCUCCCCAAGGUGAUGGGGAGCCACAGACCCUGCCAUGCAAAGCCUACUUAUUGCACCCCUGCCCCACCCAAGGGAGCCCAUUGGUAGCUAAAAGGAAUCUCUCUGCUCAAAGUCAACAGUGGAAAACAACAGGGAAACAUUAGCCUUUACUAAUAUGUUUCCCAGUGGCAUUUGCCUGGGUUUGGACUCAGAAUUCCUCAAAGCAACCUGCUUACUGAGCCAUCAUCCUUCAUGCAGAGAUGAUACUCUCUCUAGUCUUUAUUGCACAUUGGUUCUGAUAUGUUAGUAGGGACGUUAUAUGACGAGUGUCCAUUCUGUAUUCAUCCCACUUUGCUUUUGAAGUGGUGGUUUCUAUUAAUCAUUUGUUUAGCUCACACUUUUCCUUGUCUCUUUCCUCACUGCAAAAAAAGAAAAGUCUGCUUUUGUUUUGUUUUCAAAGUGGAUUUCUUGAGCCAGGGCAACAGAGCACUUCAAUCCAAUCUACCUGGUAUGUUUUUGAAAAUUAUUUUGCUCAUAGAAUUAUGGCAUUCUGAAGGCAGCCUAGAUAGAGGACUGGACCAGAGAGAGAGAGAAGGGACUUUCCCAAGGCCACAAAGUGAGUGUGAGGCAAAGGUGGAGUCUGACUCAAACACAAACAAAUCUCUCCUUCAGAAAAUAGACAUGCCUAUCCGAAUAUUUUCUGCAGUCGCACAGUAUGACAUGCUAAAAAUGCUCCUCUCCUCUCCGCCAUCAGAAAGUCAAUCACUGCAGAUCCAAAAAUAAAUUUAGGAUGCUGGCAGGAUCAUUACCUUAUUCCAUCCCACUGACUGUUUGCUAUGAUGCUAAUAGGGAGCUUCCAUGCUUAGAAGCAGUCUACCCUAGAAUGCUUUUAUUUAUCUCUUUGCUUUCAAGCAUAUACAACACCUUUUCAUAUGAGUUUCUAAAGGAUCUUGGAAACUAAAGCUGUGUGCACACUCCUGCUUACUUUGUAUCCAGUAUGCUGCCACUGCUGGUUUAGGAACCGGUGUACACAUGACAAUAGCCACAAUCCAUAUCUAUUCUGUAUAUAUCCUAUUGUUUCUUAGGAAAUGCUGUUCUUUGAAGCAUUUUUUCUGUGCAAAUGGAGGAAAAGAGCAAGCUAGCUGGGGAAGGGCUGUAGCUCAGUAGCUCUCUGUUGCAAGGAAACCUGUAAGAACUGUAGAAGCAGACUGGAAGAAACUCUCUCUUCCUUUUUAUUUACUUUUUUGUAUACUAAAUUCUAACCCUCGUGAUUCGUGGAUAAGCAAAGAGGAAGCAAUUAUUCAUCGUGUCCACAGAUGAUAGAAAAAUAUGCAAUGGUUUUAAAAUUAUAAAAAGGGAGUGAUUGGAUUAAGCUAGAGAGGAGACAACUGUCUAGCAAGUCAAUCCACUGUUCCCUGUGUCCGGUUUGGCAGAGACGGAUUUAGGACAGCGUGGCCAGUUCUGCCACGCUGGGUGCCAAGCCUAGGGGGCACUGCAGGACAUCACAACUAUGACAUAGUGAAUGGAGCAGAACAGAAGGUGAGAGGCAUGGAGAGGCUCCGAAUUUGGGGCUUUUACAGGGCGCUGCUGAAAUUUGAAGUCCAAAGUCCGCCCCUCAUGGGGAACCAAUGGCUCUUCCCAUGUUGCUCAACUCCAGUUCCCAUCAACCCCAGCCAGAAUGGCCAAGCAUGAUGGCAGCUGUAGUGCAACAGUAUCAGGAGGACCACUGAUUCCCCAUCCCUGGUCUAGGCUGACCAGGGUCUCCUUACGGGGAGUCUUUCCUAGCCCUACAUGGUGAAGCCCAGGAUCAAACCUGUGACCUUCUACAUGGAAAGCAGAUGCACCGCCACAGAGCUAUGACCUCUCCCCAUUGGUUGUAGGAGUGGAUAAUUGCCUCCAAUCUAACCAUGGUUUGCAAAAUUUACCCACGGCUGCACUUUAGACAUAGGAAUCUGCUUCAUACCAAGGAAGGUUGUUCGUUUAUCUUGCCCAGUGUUAGCUGAACUGACUGGCAGCAUCUUCCCAAGGUUCUCUUCCAUGAAUUUGUCCAAUCCUCUUUUAAAGAGGUUGGGGUUGGGGGUUGGGGGUCAUCACUGCCUCCUGGAGAAUUGGGUUCCAUAGUUUAAUUAUGUGCUGCAUAGCUGUGGUGCUCUGUCGUUUCCUGCUCAAGGUCUGUCCUGCAGCAAGUUGUUCCUGGGCACCAACCCAGCCUAGAUGGCCAUUGAGGUCCCUUCCACCUCUACAAUUUUAUGAUUCAGUGAAUCCCAGCGCACGGAGGAGCCACAGUGCGCAGCUCCCCCCACCUGAUGAGUCCACCUGAUGAGUCUCAUGAGACCAGGGCCCUGCAGGAUCUGAUUUCUUUCUGCAGGGCCUGUAAGACAGAGUUGUUCCACCUGGCCUUUGGCUUGGAAUCAACUUGAUCCCCUCCUCCUCUUACCUUUUUCCUUCUGUGAUGGAAAUCCUAUUUGGGGACUUCCCUGGCUUUUUUCUGGCCCACGUAGGACCAGUCUGGAUAGUUGGCCUUGGUGAAGAUUUGACGUUUCCAUCCCCAAAAAGUUUUUGAUUUGAGUUUCUACUGAACGGAGACUGCAUUUUAAUGUAUUUAAAUCAAUUGUUUUUAUAUCUGGUGUUAGCCGCCCUGAGCCCGGUCUUGGCUGGGGAGGACGGGGUAGAAAUUAUUAUUAUUAUUAUUAUUAUUAUUAUUAUUAUUAUUAUGCAUCUUGGCAUGUGUUAUCCCCAGGAAAGGAGCUGGGUUGCAAAAUCUCCUACAUAUCACCGUCCUCGUCAACAACUAGGCUGAGCUAUUUGGGGAGCUUGCAGAAUCUUUUCUGGUGCCUUCUGCGGAAAGUUUGAAAUGCCACCUGUGAUGGUUGCUUUUUGCCUUGAUGGGUAUCUGUAACAGGAGUCGCUUCCCUCCCAAGCCCACAGAUUCUCUGCUCCCCAGAGUAAUGAUGCAGUCAUCAAGAAGUACCUGUGCAAUUAAUCAAGACAAGUUUGCCUGGCUAAUGAGGCAAUUUGGAAAAGCUGUUUGUUCAACAAGGGAGAAAUGGCUGAUUAGUUGGUGGUCUCCUUUUCCUCCCUGCCUUGGGGGUUAAAGACUUCUGCCUUUGCACUCAGCAUUCCUGUGAAAUGACAUACUGUAUGCAAAAAUUAUCAUUUAGAUUUACCCUGAUUUUAGUCCCAUAAUGAGCAGGUUGCCUAUGCUUGUGGACUUUGUGCAGAUCUCAUUCUCACACUUCUGUCUGAUUCCACUUAUUGCUAUCAACCCUCCAAGAAGUCUGCUAGCCUCUAAAAGGGGCAUAUUUUUAGCCCGGCUUCUUAUAAGCUAUUUGGAAAGGCUAAAGAAAGAGUGAAUCUAUACUUAACUCAGAUGAUGGGGGGGAUAGGAUUUUGGAACAUGCCAUAUCAAAUGGCAGGUGGGUGCUGAUUUAUUUUUUUUAAGAACUUGGCUUCUAAAAAGCUAGCACCUAAAGCUUUAUCCUUGGUGUUCUAGUUUUCUGCAUGCAGGGAGUUUUCUGCAUUCAGAAAUGGAACUCAGCUGCAGUCUGAACUGGCAUAGUCCUCAGAAUCCAUCCACUUCAGUCAGCUACCUAAUGUGAGGAAGAGCCAUGACUCAAUGGUGGAGCAUGUACCAUAAAUGCAGAAUGCACUGAUUCAAUCCCCAACAUCACUCUCCUCUUUUCCAGGCUAAACAUACCCAGAUCCUUCAACUGCUCCUCAUAAGGCUAGUUUUCCAGGCCCUCCUCUGCACACAACCCGGCUUGUCUACAUCCUUCUUAAAUUGUGGCGCCCAGAACUGGACACAGUAUUCCAGGUGUGGUCUGAUCAAGGCAGAAUAGAGCUGGACUAGUACUUCCCUUGAUCGCUUAAUCUGGACACUAGACUGCGGUUGAUGCAGCCUAGAACAGCAUGAGCUUUUUCUUCCUCUGCAUCACCCUUGUUAAGCUUGUGGUCCACCAAGACCCCUAGAUCCUUUUCACAUGUACUGCUAGUAAGCCAGGUGUCCCCUAUCCUAUAUUUGUGCAUCUGGUUCUUCCUGCCUAAGUGCAGAACUUCACAUUUUUCCCUAUGUAUAAUGGAUAGUUGACCUAUACAUUACAAAGAAAAGGUGGCAAAAUGAGUUGCUAGAAUUCUGGACUGCAUGAUUUCAGAAUGCGAAAGGGUUGAUGAUGAUGAUGAUGAUGAUUAUACGAUGAUGAUGAUUAUGAUUAUACAGUGGUACCUCAGAUUAAGAACUUAAUUCGUUCCGGAGGUCCGCUCUUAACCUGAAACUGUUCUUAACCUGAAGCACCACUUUAGCUAAUGGGGCCACCAGGCCGCCGGAGCCCGAUUUCCGUUCUCAUCCUAAAGCAAAGUUCUUAACCCAAGGUACUAUUUCUGGGUUAGCGGAGUCUGUAACCUGAAGCGUCUGCAACCUGAAGCGUCUGUAACCCAAGGUACCACUGUACUGCCCUAUACCCACAGGUCUCGGGGCAGUUCACAAGAUAAAAUGACACAGGAUGGCUCAUAAUAUUGCAUCACCCGCUGCCUGUUGCACAGUUUUUCUACAUGCAAGGGAGCUUCUUUUUCCAUUUGAGGAGUCAUGGGGUGGAUGGAGGAGACAGAUGACAACAUUUAUAUGGCAGGCACAUCUUAAGCAGAUGUCAGUGUCAAUGGGAUGCUCCUUAAUUAUGCAGAUGGGCAUGCUUAAAUUCCUGGAAACCCUUGUAAAUCUCUGAUGAAGCCAUAAGGUAGCCCGUUCCCUUCUCUCAAGAGGGGCAGAGAGUCCUAUCUGGGGAUGAACCAGGAGCGAGUGCAACAGGCCAAACAUCUGGUAACUUGUAAGCUUUUAAUUGAAAAAGAAAGAAAGAAGCUGGGGAAGCAAGGUUGUCCGGAAUCUUUAUUGCUCCAUUUCACGUUCCCUGGGAUAUAUUUAACGGGGACAUUUUUAUCAGAUAGAAUAAGAGAUAAAAAGUGACUAGGCUAUUUUUAUACAGUCCGGCGGAGCGGACAUGACUCAGCGUUUACCUAUCUGGAAUAAGGAUUAAGGGAUCUGAGUUGGUGGAAAUGAAGAGGCCACAGUUGGCUGGAAAACCAAACAGCGAGAGAAUUGGAAGUGGUCCAGUCGCUUGUGCCCCAGGUUCUCUCGGGGUUUUCUGUCUCUGCAUCAGCCUGAUAGCUGGAUGGCCAGGAAAUACCAGCUCAGCAAGGAUCAGGUGAUGCAAGCAGCCCAAUAAGAUUCUUCCUGGUCCUAUAAAACAUCUGGCAUUGGCAUGGUUGCUUUGAUCUCUGGGUGCAUCUGUGGAGGUUUAAAUUAAGGCCAGCAGACAUGGUCCACACUCCAUGUAUUCUUCAUGUGCCGCCUCCAUGGGAGGUCCAGAGGGUGGCAACAUGAAUACAGGGCCUUAUCUGCAGUGGCUCCCCAUUUGUGGAAUGCUCUCCCCUGGGAGGUUCAGUUGGCGCCUUCAUUAUACACCUUUAGGCGCCAGACAAAAACAUUCCUCUUUAACCAGGUCUUUGGCGGAUUGAAAUUCAAUGCCCUUCAGGAGGCAGGGUUUCCUUUGUUGUUUUUGUUUUUAUCAUGUAUUUUGUGUUUUUAUGUUGUGAUUUUAUGCUGUAGCCAACCGGAGACCUUCAGGUUAGGGCUGUAUACAAAUUUAAAUAUAGUGGACCCUCGGCUUACCCAAGAGGGUAACGUAAACUUCGGGUUGUGAAAGCAGCAAACCCGGAAGUAUUUUUCCGGGUUCCGCCGCUUGUGCAUGUGCAGAAGCGCUAAACCGCACCGUGCGCAUGCGCAGCAGCGAUCCUCCAGUUGCGAAUUCCUCGGGAUGCGGCCAGACCUCCGGAACGAAUCCUCUUCACAACCGGAGGUACCACUGUAACAAUAACAACAAUAACAGCAUUCAGUGAACAUGUCAGCAAAAACAUGGUGUUUCUUCUCAUUCUCUCUCUCUCUCAUUCACUCUCUCUGCGAUGAACUAGCCAGGCCAUCAGCUUACUGUUCAGGAUUAAUGCUGCUUAUCUUUUCUAAUAUUACUUGUGGAUGGCUUAGAGAAGGGGUUAAGGGCCAUGACUCAGCGACACAACAUCUGCCUUGCAUACAGAAGCCCCAGGGGCAAUCUCUGGCAUCCCCAAGCAGGGCUGAGAGUGAACGCUGCCAGACACCAUGGAGAGCUGCUGCUGGCCAGUGUAGACAAUACUAAGUUAGAUGGACCUGUGACCUGACUUGCUGUGAUGCAGCUUCCUGUGUUGCAGGAGAUCUCACUGUCUUUGAGUGUUCUAGAUGCAUGUUAAGAAAAGAUGCCUGAUAGGGCAUCGUAGGCAAGGGUGCAAGUUCUCCUCCCCACCCCAGAUCACUGUACUAAGUGUCUUCCACGAGUCUUCUGAAGCAGGGAGCCACCUGUACACAUAGCAGCUUCAAAGCAUGGGACUGCUUUGAAAGAGGGUUCGACAAGCUCUUGGAGGAGCUAAUGGCUAUUAAGCCUGAUCGAUAAGUUCUGCCUCCACUGUCGGAAGUAGCUUCUUCUUCUUUGGCGAUCACUCGUAGCUGAGUAAGAUUGUCUUCCAUGAACACGGUCUUAACAGUGAUUCCGUAAGUGACUGUGGAGGCCAAUUCUGGACCCACACGUCCUUCCACAGUGGGGACAUAGGUUUCCGGGUGGGAGUUGAUCACGGUGUGGAUUUGCCAAGCAUGCCUUUCUCUUAGUACGUUUCUCCCUUUUAUCCUGAGUUCGAGUGUCUUCAAAGCCCAUGACACCUUUGGUAAAGGCUGUUCUCCAACUGGAGCACGCGCAGGCCAGUGUUUUCCAGUUCUCGGUGUUUAUACUACAUGUUAUUUACUGAAGUUCUCACCCUGGGCCAGCAGGGGGAUACUGUAAAUAGUUUUCACUCAGGUCCACAUAUACAAAUAAGGAAUUGAAAGUGACGUUCAGUGAUUGGAUAGUUACAGAAAGUUGUUACUGUUGCCUUGUAGUUGAGCUCUAUAUAAGCAGGUUGGCUGAACCCUUCCAAUUCAGUUCAUUUCUGGCCUGUGAAUAAACAAGAGCUGUCUGAAGAAUCGCUGUGUCGUCUGAUAUGUUCACCCACAACCUAACACUACAGUUUUUUAGAUUUGCCUUGAGAGAGUCUUUAAACCUAUUUUGUUGACCACCAGCAUUACACUUUCCAUUUUUAAGUUUGGAAUAGAGUAGUUGCUUUGGAAGGCAAUAAUCAGGCAUCCACACAACAUGACCAGUCCACUGAAGUUGAUGUUGAAGGUAGCAUGCUCCUGAGCACCAGUGGCUGGAAACUACAGGGAGUAGGAGAGCUUCUGUUGCAGUCAGGUCCUGUUUGCAGACUUCCCAUAACAGGUAUCUGGUUGGCCACUGUGAGAACAGAAUGCUGGACUAGAUGGGCUAUUGGCCUGAUCCAGCCAAUCUUGUGCUCUGAUGACGUCACCCCGUGGGUCAGGAAGCAAAGACUGGCUGCGCUUAAAACAACAAAAGCAUCAUGACACUUUUGAAAAUAAACAGAAUUUAUUUGUCGUUCUGCCGGCAGCUGAAGACCUCCUUAUUGCAAUAGACUUUGAGGAACUGACUGCUUUUAAUGAAAGGGCUGGUGCUGUGCUGUUUUCAUUGUAAUUAUCCGCAAUAUCGCAUAGACUAAUAGAAUCGUAGAACUGGAAGGGACCACGAGGGUCAUCUAGUCCAGCCCCCUGCAAUGCAGGAAUCUUUUUGUCCAAUGUGGGGCUGGAACCCACAACCCUGGGGUUAAGAGUCUCCAGCUCUACCAACUGAGCUAUCCCUGAUGCGCUGACCCAACACAAGGUGGGUUAAUGUCCUUUUAAGUGGGGAGAUGCAGCUGGUGCAAUCCAGCUUCUGAUUCCGCCAUUGUUUACCUGUCCAGUAUUCCCUUUGUGUGUGUUUUUAAUUGACUCUGCUGGAACAAAUAGAAUUAUCCAACACACUAAUUUAUUCCCACCACCUUCAGGAAUGAAAAGAAAGGGGGCCAGGAUGAUAAACAGGAAAGCUUCUGAGCUACUCAAGUGAUGGUGCCUGUAGAGUUUUAAUUGUGAAGCUGUUCCCUGGAGUGGAUAUAUAUUCUCUCUCUUAAAGCCCAGCAUUGUUGCAGAAAUAGAUGGACUCAGAAGGGCUAAGCAGCCUGAAUUUACAGCCUGCCAGCUGAAAGGGGACUUUUAUUUGAUGGAGGUAUUGUGCCCAAAGAAAUAUAGCUUGCCAUCAAAGCCAUUUGUUGUCCUGCGCUUUGGAAACGGAAUGUCCCCCUUUAAAAUGUUUUAACACCGAGCCAUCCACUCUGGAAGGGAGUAAUUAAAUUAAAUUUGGGGACUAUUGCAUGGUAUAUUAAUUCCUGAUUAUACCCCGGCGAGCCAAGAAAUAGCGAAAAUUGGUUGGAAAGCUUCGGAUCGGAAGGAAGUUGCUUAAGGCACAUAUGAUAAGGCAGGCUUAUUUAUACAUGCCUUUUCCUAAGCAUAGAAAGCGUUUUGGGCCAUCUUUCCCCAAAAGGAAGGUCUGAGCCAGCACAGCCUCAUUGCAGUCAAAAACAUCUGGAGGGUACCUGAUUAGAGAUCUUUAGCCUUUUGGUUUAAGUCAUUGAGGAUGCUCUAAGGCAGACUGGAUUUUCUUGGUAAAGGUAAAGGGACCCCUCACCAUUAGGUCCAGUCGUGACCAAUUCUGCGGUUGCGGCGCUCAUCUCACUUUAAUGGCCGAGGGAGCCGGCGUACAGCUUCCGGGUCAUGUGGCCAGCAUGACUAAGUUGCUUCUGGCGAACCAGAGCAGCGCACGAAAACACCGUUUACCUUCCCACCGGAGUGGUACCUAUUUAUCUACUUGCUCUUUGACAUGCUUUCAAACUGCUAGGUUGGCAGGAGCAGGGACCGAGCAACAGGAGUUCACCCCGUUGCGGGGAUUCGAACCGCCGACCUUCUGAUUGGCAAGUCCUAGGCUCUGUGGUUUAACCCACAGCGCCACCCGUGUCCCAAUAUUUUCUUGGUAUUUCCCCCCUUUUUCUCCCUUUUAAAAUAACAACCACACAAACAGUCUUGUAAAAGGGGAAAAAAUAACAUUCACUCAGAAUACUUGCUGAAGAGAAACAGAUACAGCAGAUUUGUUCAGGCAGCCUUAAAAUGGUAAUUCAGUUGCAAAGACAUACUGUACUUAAGUCUAGUUAGAAAUGGUGUCUGAGCUUGGAACUCAAAUAUGUAGAUGUUCUCACGUCGCUUGCUGAAGAGGAAGAGGGUGUUCCCAAGCAGGUUGGACCUAACAGUGCUGGAUUUAGGUUUGACGAGACCCUGAGCUACUGAAGGUAAAGGGGCCCUUUAUAGGUCCAGCGCUGUCCUUUGUCAACAACAAAUUGUCGCUGUUUUUUUGUGUUGAAUAUAUGCUAUAUGGUAAUUUAUGGACCUAAUAGGUAUCUAAAGCCAUUUGCACAUGCAGAAUGUAGGCACCCUGUAUAUAGAAAUGAGCAGACCAGUGAUAUUUUAGGGAGCAGGCUAGCAGGCAGGGUCCAUUACUUACAUCACAGGAGCCUACACAAUACGAAACACUGUUGCUGUAGGUAGGUUUUAUUUUAUUUGGUUUUUUUAUCUUAUAUUUCGGAAAUGUACAUCCAGUUUUUUUCCUUUAAUUUUUUUGGGGGCCCCCAAGAGAGUGGGGCCCUAAGCUAUAGCUUGUUUAGCUUAUACGUAAAUCCGGCACUGGGCCUACACCCUUCUCUUGUCGAGACACAGCAACUCUCACAGAAACUCUGUGAGUUUCAGUUCCUGUCAUGUGUCUACCCAGCAAUACAUGAAUUUGGCUGCACUUUAAAUAUCCCACAACUGUGGCACUAGGAUAUUGGAUAGGUCAGGGGCCCUUUGGUCUGCUCCAGCAGCCGGGAUCAUCUUCUGCUCUUGCAUUCUUAAUUAUGCUAUGCGUGCGCCUAAUAUUUUUAUGCAACCACCACACGCAGUAUGCAACAAAUCUAAACGAUUAAAAGAGCACCAUACAAACCAGGACCAGCCCAAGACAUAUUACGGGCCUGGGGAUCAUUCAGAGGGAAAUCCCCAGGUGUCAAAAAAGGCUGUUUAUAUAUGCCACUACUGCGGCCCUUGUUUUGUCAGCCCCAAAAUGGAAAACGAGCGAGGUCCCAGCCAAAGAAGAAUGGCAACUUAUACUGAUGGAAUAUGUGCAGCUUGCUGAUCUAAUUUAUAGAAUAAGAGGAAAAGGAGAGUAUACGUUUAAAGAAGACUGGGAAAUGUUUAUUGAGUAUAUGGGUGAAAAUUGUGUAUGUUUGAAAACGUUGGCAGCUUUAAGAUAAAUUCAACUGUGUAAAUAAGUUUUGAUGGAUGUAAAAAUAGAAUACUGAAUGAUUUAGUAGGGAUUUAUGGCAUGCAAACUGAACCAUGGAAAGAGAAGGGAAGUCACUGAUAUUUUUAGGUUGUUUAAAUGAAUAUUCUAAAAUGUAAAAUAGAAAAACUUAAUAGAAAAUAUACAAAAAGAAAGAAAGAUAUGUUACAGGCCAAUCUGAAAAUGAUGCUCGUUCCUUCCCCAUUCCAUGCAGACCAGCUAACCGGACUAGCAGCCAAGUUGAGCGGCAGAGGAUCUGUUUUGCAUGUAGUAGAUCCCAAUUUUGGUUCCUGGCAUCUCCAGGUACAGCCAGAAGUGACCCUGCUCUAAAACCCUGCAGAGCCUCUGCCAGUCAGUGCAGACAAUGCUUAGCUAGAAGGAACAACGCUCUGACUUGUACUAAGGUAGCUUCCUGCUUUCCAGUGCAUCUGAUUUCAAUCCUGGUGACAGGACAGCACUUCCCACCACACCUGACAGCAAGACGCUUGAUUAGAGGCCAUGCAGUGCAUGCAAAGCUCUGGCUCUCCAGUUCCUCCCUACCGUUUCCCGCCUGUCCCCCCAGCAUCUCCCACCUGAGGCAAACAUCUUGUUCUGUCUAAUGGUAGGGCCGGCCCUUCCAAUGAUUCUAUGGUGCUUCCAUGGGUAGGGAAGAAUGAGGGCAGGCCAUUGACACGAAUAACACCCCCCUCACCCACAUGCUCAGCCAAAACUUGGGAAAGAGGAAGACACACAAUAAUCAUUUGCCGCACUUCCCACUUGUUACAAUUUUAUUCCAUCUUUCCUGAUAAACGCCCUUAGCUUCACCACAGUCCUGCGAGGAAGGUCAGGUUGCGAGAGGUGAUGACCUCCUCAUGAACAUGCUUUAAGCUUUGUGGCUGAGUGCCGAUUUAAAUUUGGGGAUAAUCCGGCACUCUCCAGCCACCCCCAGCAGAUGGCAACCUCCCUAGAAGGUUCCUGUCCUUUGCCCCCUGUUCCCCAGAUUGCAGUUCUACCAAUCCAAAGGCUGCCACUGCAAAACAGAGAAAGCCGCAUUUCGUAAUGCCCGGUAAUUUAUUGGCACAGCAAAGGGCAGGCAUGACUCGACUGGAGGAAACGGCUCUUUAAUGCUAAUCCUUAUGGAUAGCUCUCUCUGUUGAUGCCGUCUUUCACUAAUACGUUUGGUCGAAAGCCAGAGAUCUGUAGCCUCCAACAGUAACACCCACAUGCCUGCGCGCACAAUAUCCCGCUGGCAGGUAGCAAAAUAGAAAAAGGCAUUUCUUCUGUCUUCCGUGCCCUUCAAGAAUUCUCAGCUUUGCAACAGACACAAGCGGACUCUUGGAAUAAUGCAUCUUGCAGAGCAUUCUGAUUAUUAGGAUGAGGAAAUCCAGGGAGCCAGAAGGUGCUGGGAAUGGGACUUGGGAAGCCAAGAUGGUUAAUGACCCCAUCUUCCUUUUCUCCACUGCUAGCGGGAGGAGACGUUGGUUCUCUUCACUGGACCUCAGUUUUCCCCAUCUGUAAAAUGGCAAAAACGCCGCCUGCUCCUUGGUGCACGGUGUAGGAAUCCCGGUGAGAAAAAUCUAAAGCUGGCACAUUAGGGCCACCUCACCGCUAUGCCCUCUCCCCACACCAAUUCGCAUCGCUCACAGUGCGUUUGAUGUGUGCCAGGUCAGACCUUUGGACUUGAGCGCGGGGAAAACUUUGAGUCAAAUGUCUCCUUCAGCCAACCUGCCCAAGAUGGAGCUCUCCUUUUAUUUCCUCCCUUCUUCCCAGUCUUUCUUCCUCCUCCUUCUUCCCUUGCUCAAGACUCUCUUUUCCUGUCACCUGGCAACCUUCCAAAUUCCCAGUCCCUGCUCACAUCUCAGUACUCUCCCAUUGCCAAUGGCCCUCAAUGUCCCUUUAUCGUUUCUUAAUAGCUUGGCCAAGUCAUUUUGCAUAGGCUAUCCCAGGAAUUCCUCUGCAGCUUGUAUUUCACAUCCCAAAUGAUCAAAAUCCUACCAUUUAUUAAUUUCUAGGGCUUGGGGGCAGGGCUUCCCCUUCAAAUCUAUAACACCAUAUAUGCACACACAUAUACAAACAUUACACUGUCAACCUCCCUGUGAUCCUCAGGAAAGGGCCAAAUAUAAAAUUAAUAAACCAAGUUUUAAAAUAAUACAUAUACACAGACAGGUGACAGUCACAUAUCCCUCUGUCUUUCAUAUAUAUAUAUAUAUAUACACACACACACACACACACACACACACACACACAUUUUUAUUAACAAUUUCCACAUAACAAAUUAUCAAAUCAAAUCUUCAUUAUUUCCGCCCCCCUUUUUCCCUCCCCCCUCCCUGACGAACCCUCCCUCCCCCCAAGACUUCCUUCAGCUCCUCUCUCUGAUUUCUCAACUCAUGCUGUUCUCUGCAUACUGUAAAAUUGUAUACAUCCUUUUAUUAUCGAUCUACUUAAUAGAUAAUAAAUUAUCUAUCAACCCUUAAUAAAUGUGUGUAUGUUUAUUCGAAACCUGCCAAGGAGUCCAGUUCAUUUUGUUGUCUUUUUAAAUAAUUUGUAAAAAGUUCCCAUUCUUUUUUGAAGUCACAGUUGUCCUUCUCUCGCAGUUUGUAUGUCAGUUUCGCCAGUUCUGCAUAGUUCAUCAAUUUUUCUUGCCACUGUUCCUUUGUUGGGGUUUCCUCAUUCUUCCAUCCUUGGGCUAUCAAGACUCUUGCCGCUGUUGUAGCAUACAUAAAUAAAUUCUUUAUUUUCCUUGGAAGGUCUUGUCCUACAACCCCUAACAAAAAUGAUUCUGUUUUUUUUACAAAUGUCAUUUUAAACAUUUUCUUCAAUUAAUUAUAUAAUAAUUUAAUAAUAAUUUAUUAUUUAUACCCCACCCAUCUGGCUGAGUUUCCCCAGCCACUCUGGGUGGCUUCCAAUCAAGUGUUAAAAACAAUACAGCAUAUAUAUAAUUUCCCAGAAUUUUUUAAUUUUUCUGCAUUCCCACCACAUAUGGUAAAAGGUCCCUUCCUUUUCUUUACAUUUCCAACAUAUGUUUGACCCAGUUUUAUACAUUCUUGCUAUCUGUACUGGUGUUAUAUACCAUCUGUACAUCAUUUUCAUGUAGUUUUCUUUCAAAAGAGAACCGUCUGUAAAUUCUAAAUCUAUUUUCCACAAUUUUCCCCAAUCUUCAAGCAAGCAAGAGGCAUUAUUGCAGUUUGGGGACAUAUUCCAGGCAGGCAAAAGCACCCAGGGAUGUCACAGAGCAGGGCAGGGGGUGGGUAGAGGGUGGCCUAGGGAGGCUCUGGGUGUGUGUGUUGGUAAUAACCGCUCCCCACAUUAAAUGGGGGGCACUUUUGUGUGGUCAGCGCAGCAGCCGGGACCCUGUGAGGCACCAUUAGCACAGGCUUGGCUUUGCCUUCCCCAGGUGGGAUACCUGGAGGUCUCCGCUACUUCAGUCAGUUGCCCAAUCCUGCCUGGGGAGGCGUUGCCAUGGUGAUCAGGCCAGGUAGGUGGAGGGACCACCCUGCCCACACAAUAGGGGGAGAAUCUUACCUGGAAAUCAUCAGUCGGCUCCAGACCUUCUCCCACCCUACCCAUCCUCAGUUAAGACUUCUUUUGCAGGUUAACCUCUUCUCCACAGGUACGCGGGUGCUGCUACGUCAAGGUCUCCGUUGAAGGGCCGGAAAGGAAUUCUCCUGCAUUGGCAGGUUUGCCUUUCCCGUAGCAAAACGUCACAACUUUGGCGGUAUCAGGCCUUGGGUGGAGUCCUUUAGUCUAUCUUCCCUGAAUUGGGCGGGGCAUGCAGCAGUGACCCACACCCCCCUUGUAUUUGCGGCAGUGAUACCAGGGUUCCCCAUUAAAGGGGUUGUUUGAGGAGAGGCUUUGGCCGUACACCUAGAGGUUGUCAUUGCUCUCCUCUGCAACGGCGGCGUAAUGGGGGCGGGCUCUCUCUGCUUGAACAUAUGUUCUCCAGAGCCAGCCCAUUCACCACACACACUCUGGAUAAACCUGAUGUUCCCCAGAUCCCCAGUGGGGGACUGGGAGGGAUAAAUGCCCAAUGCCUGAGCCAAGGUCUACCCACAUCUGAAACAUAAGAAAUGGGAUCCUCCUAAUAGAGGGUCCUGGUUGCGCGCGGGCCCCCAGGGCUCUCCCCUACAGGGUUAAUUUGUGGGGGAGUAGCUAAAAGGUCCUGGCCAUAGCCCUGGGAUCAUGCCAGACUCUUUUAGCCAAUCGCCAGGGGGUGGCGUGAUCCCACUGGCUUUUAAAUCUGGCAGCGUGAUGCAAGAUGGGGCACUUGCUUCUUGCUGCUGAACAGCCUUCCUCCCUACCUAGAAUUAAGCAGUGUCGCUUGACCUUGCUUUGGUUGAGGUCGCCUGUUUUGGAACAGGGGCUGGGUAUGAAUUUUUCCAUUUGGCAAAUUGGCUGUAGCCACUUGGUUUUCGCCUACCCCUUAGCAAAUCGUCUACAACUUGUAAGGUGGCGGUUAGGCAGUCGCUCAGUUGGAUUGUGGGGAGGGGAGGUGCGGCCAUCACCUGCCCCUCCAGGAACUGGGUAUUCCGUUAAAGGAAUCUGGGGGUCCUGGAUCUCGUCCGAAGUCCGCUUGAGGGGCUAGGGCCAUGCCAGGACCACAGGGACCCCAGGGUGAGCUUAGGUUGGUCCUCAUCAACCUAGCCCCUUCGUUUGAUUUACCCCAUUGGACGAUCACCCUGAGAGGUGGAGUCAGUCAUAGUGGGAAGUCAAUGCCUAAGCCAAUACCGCUCACAUGAUUGUAUUUCCAUAAAGUUGUGGCCAAAAUUUGCCCAAAAACUUAAAACUAAAAUAAGUGUCCAUGUGAAGUUAUUUUCAGGGGGUGGGUCCUGGGGACCUAGCAGUGCAAAGUUGUAGCCAAUUGUAAUCCCAUGGCACGUUGUGUUGAGUCGUUAUUCCACACGGGGGCCGCCCAGGGUUUGGGGGACUCUGCCUGUCUACACAAAUAGGCCUGGAGAGCUGCAUUUGGACCCGGGCCUGGGGUUCUGCUCCACUACUCUGGAACAAUCUGCUUUAGGCAGGUUCCCCGAGCUCUUUGGUAUUUCUGCUCGCGGGGUCUUUUUCCGAGAGAAUUAUCAUACAGCUUAAGAGGGUGGCUGGCAAGCGGAGCAGGCACAGCGCCAGCCCACUUCGAUAACAAGACCGGACGGGAUGUUUUGGAAAGUGCCUCCUUUGCAUUACCGUUUUUAGCCUUUGAUCUGCUUUCCCAUUGGAAAUAUGAUGCGGUUUCGGAGGGAGGGUUGCUGGCUUUGGGUCAGAAUGCGGAGACAAAGGAGAGUCGUUCCUUUCAGCCGUACGGGGCAUUGCUCGUCGUUCAAGAGCUGUGAGUCAGAAAUAAGAAUAGAAACGUCUUUAAAUUUUGAAGGCUUUUCUAAAAAGAAAAAGAAAAAGGGAUUGACCGACCCAAUAUGUUUUAUUCAAAUGCACAUCAUGGGAGGUCAGCGUUUAAUUGCACAGAGCAGCUAGUGGUUCUGAGCAUGUGGAAAGAGCCAUUCAGAACUAGGUGGGCACAGAGUAGGAAUGGGGAAAUGGAUCGGACCACCUUAUUACUGGUGCUUGCAAAGACCCCCACACUGUCCUUUGAAGCCCUGGCAAUCACCAAAGAGUCGGGGCUUCAAAGCACCUUUGCAGGCUCCACUUAUCAGCUGAUCUGCAAGGUCUGCAACUCCCUCUGGGGCCCAGCUGUGACUUUACUUGCCCCAUAUAUGACAUCAAGCAUAGGGCAGGUGUACGGGGCUGGGCCAAAAUGGCCUGGUGACCCUGAUUUGGCCAGAGGUUCCCCACCCCUGGCACAGCACGGGCUCUGGGGUUGCUAGGGAUACUCUCCCCCAACCAAUCACCCCAUGAGCUAUGGGGUGGCUCUGAAGGUUUGACUAUACUGGGGUUGACAUAUUUCAAAAAGUAAUAACCAGCACACCCCAAAAGUUGUUGAGCUUUUACAUAAAUGCCAAAAAUCGUUUUGAAAUCCCAUAUGGCAACCCUAACUGUGCAUGACUUUCAUGUUUGUGUGUGACCCCUUAGACCCAUGUAAGAUGAUGGAUUUCUGCAUAUUCUUUCUUGUACACGUUACUUAGCUAGAGAACUGUAUCGCAAAAUUUGUGCAGAUUUCAAAGGGUGGCUGUGUUUCAGUUUGCAUUUUCUUUUGAAUUGUUACGUUCACCUUCAAACGUGAACUGCACCAAAUUUCUCCUCCAUCCUCCUGAUCUGGGAAUGGGCGAGGGUGUCGGUUUCAUUUUCUCUGAGUUUCUCAUUUUUCCUGUCCGUAUGCCACAUUUCCAUAACAGUUUGCAAGAGGCCUCUUCCAUCAGCAACCCGAUCCUUUCAGCUUAGGUUAUGAGUUGGAUGCCUAUAGUCUAGUUCUCAUUUGGGCUGGUCUAUCCUGCUUCAGACUGCAGUUGAUGUGACUGGAUGCUUGUGUGUGUGUGCUCACGUGCAAAUAGAAUUCUAGCAUUUUACAGAAGAGAGUUCUAAUCUCGCCUUCUCCUUGACCUGCUAGCUUUCUACUUGCAAGGAAUUACAGAAUUUACCAUAAGCGCCACAAGUACACAUGCACACUCAGGGCAAGAGAUGUGCAUGCAUGUGCAAAGCCCCCAUACAGUCUGACUGAGUUCAGAAACAGGAGAUAGAGCAGUGCUUGAUCCUCAGCCUUUCACAGUCCUGUGGAAGGGAGUAGAAGCAGCUGCUGACAUUUGCAGACCAAACAUGCCCAAUUAGAGUGUCAAGGAAAGUUCUCAAAACUUGUAAUUACAAUUGCCCAGGUGCGACUGGCCCCAAUCAAAAUACGCUUUAUGUUUUCCAGCCUUUCAAAUGUCAAGACCAGUGAUCAAGGUAAAAAAAUCUUCUGGUUUGGGGUUUUGAAAUUGCUCCAGAUUUUUUCUCAAAGAUAGCAGUCUCCCCGAAGCCCUUUCUUAUGCCAGAAUUGAGGAGAGGAAGAAUGUGCCGAUAGGAGACUCGUAUCUAAGGAUAACUGGCAGGCAAAAGUCAAUCUUAGCCCACGGCUGUGUGAAAUCCUUGCAUAGCUAGGAGAGGUGAGAUAAUCUGACUCAGUCUCUUAGACUGGUGUGGUCAGCUGUCCAGACUAGAUGAUAGCAACAGAAUCCAAAGCCCAGGUCUUAGCAAAAGAGGAGAGCUCUGAAUCUUCUUAGAAAACGUAGCUCCAUUUGCUUUCGUAAGCAAACUUUGCUGGCCGUUUUUCUCCUGGGUCAAAUUUCAGUUCCUCAUUUGUUAAGUUCAAUGUGCUCAAUUUCUGCAUCCGUUUGCAAUGUUUUUAUACGAGAAGAACUUUCACGAAAGUGCGUGCAUUUUCUUGUCUAUUUCUCUCAACUGAAAAUGCACUUUGGAUACACUUUUGACCAGUGCUUUUUUUCCUGGGGGGACACAGGGGGACGCGUGCCCCUAAACAUUUUGUGAAUCUUCCUACUUUUGUCCAUUUACUGUAUUUAUUUUUCCUGAUUUGAACUAUAAAAUGGUGAUUUUCUUGAGUCAAAAUGAGAGUACCCCAUAAGUGUUUGGUUUUUUUAGAAAAGAAAAGAAAAAGCACUGCUUUUGAUUAACACAUGUAUUUUUGCACACAUCCUUUGGUUGGAUAACUGCACCGCAAAAUUCAGAGAAGGGUGAACUUCACAUAUUGAUUUGGGAAGUGUGGGUCUUUCUCCCUAAUUCUCCCUCUUCCCUGAGCCAACUUCAGGGGGGUGAAGGGAGUGGAGGAGAAGGAACAAAGCCUAAGGAAAGGAGCUGAAUAUCUGGUCUGAUGACUCGAAAUGGUUCCCUACCUGCUGUUCUAAGAAUAUAAGAAGAACCCUACUGGUUGAGAUACAAGGUCUACCUCAGGGGUCAGCAAACUUUUUCAGCAGGGGGCUGGUCCAUUGUCCCUCAGACCUUGUGGGGGGCCAGACUAUAUUUUGGGGGGGAGGUGAAUGAAUUCCUAUGCCCCACAAAUAACCCAGAGAUGCAUUUUAAAUAAAAGGACACGUUAUACUCAUGUAAAAACACCAGGCAGGCCCCACAAAUAACCCAGAGAUGCAUUGUAAAUAAAAGGACACAUUCUCACAUUCUACUCAUGUAAAUACAUGCUGAUUCCCAGACCAUCCAUGGGCCGGAUUUAGAAGGCGAUUGGGCCAGAUCUGGCCCCCGGGCCUUAGGUUGCCUACCCAUGAGAUACAAGGUCUACCUCAGGGGUCAGCAAACUUUUUCAGCAGGGGGCCGGUCCACUGUCCCUCAGACCUUGUGGGGGGCUGGACUAUAUUUGGAAGGAGGAAAUGAACGAAUUCUUAUGCCCCACAAAUAACCCAGAGGUGGAUUUUAAAUAAAAGCACACAUUCUACUCAUGUAAAAGCACACUGAUUCCUGCACCAUCUGCGGGCCAGAUUUAGAAGGCCCCUGGGCCUUAGUUUGCCUACCCUUGUCUACCUAGUCCUGCAUCCUGGAUCAAGGCAGAUGCCGCCAGAAAGUUCACAUGCAGGAAAUGAAAAGAGCAGGGACCUCACCAUGAACUUCACCCUGGUUCUCUUAGAAUGGCAAUGGCGCCCAACUGAGAUGGGCCAGAGCUGAGCUCUAGUGAGCUCUGGCUGAAAAAGGAAAAGCCCUGGGAGUGGGUCUUCGACCCCCUGUGACCCCAGGCAACUACAGUACAGGGUAUAUUGCAUGCAAAGACAGAUUGCACAGAACGGUGAUCUACUCCCCCUCCACAGAUUUAUCAAGUCAUUUAAAAAGCUGCCCGCAUAGCGAUCAUCACAACAUUUUGUGGCCUUGAUGUCUAAAAACUAAAGCUUAGUUGAAUCAAUAAGUGUCCUUGUAGAAACAGAGGAAUCUGCAUUUGACCAAGUCCAUCUAGUUACGGUUGCCAUAUUCCCAAAAGUGAAAACCCGGACAGAGUUGUUGAGCUUUUCGGGUGGGGCAUCUUUUCAUUUGAUUUGAUCUGUUUUAUUUUUCCAGAACUUUUUUUAUUAAAAAAAAUAGUCCUACUUCUUGUUGUACGUAUUUUUCUGAGUGAUUCCAAGACAUAGCUGGGAAAACCUGGAUGUUUGGCCGCCCUAAUCUAGUUCAGCAUUGCUUUCUGCUUGUUGACCUUCAGGUGUUGUUGAACUAGACCAUUGGGCCUGGUGGGGGGUUGGUAUCCACACCAUGGGGGUGUUGAAUGGUCACUUUAUAAUGUGAAGGUUCAUUAUUGCUUCACAAGUUGUGUAUGUCUUUAAGGGCCAGGGCAGAUAACGAGACCCAGUCUUGCAACUGUGUAACAUAGCAGGUGCUGCUAGGUUGUGUUAAUUAAGCUGUGUUGGCAAUUGGGUGUUGUAUAUAAGGAGCAGCACCUAGCUCUCCCAUUACCCUGGGGGAUGGGUUGGUGGUUAGGUCUGGUUUGUUGUUGAUGUAUUUAGUGUAUAAGGAGUUUUUGUUUUUGUUAUUAAAACCUUGUUUAAGUUAUUUUUGAGUCCCUUUUUAAUGCAUGGUCUCCCCAGCAAGCUCUCUGCAGCGCUACUAAACUGCAAAUAGCCAACAGGGGGGGCUGCUGCAGGUUACAUGCCAUGAACUUCACCACAGAUUUCCCUAACCUUCAUGUGGUCCUUUGCACCACAACGCCCAUCAGCCCCAGCAAAUCCAGCAUUGUAGCCCAAAGCAGCUGGAGAAGAAGGCUAGUCCAUGCUGAAUGGCAGCUAUUCUGCAGGCAGUUAUUUAUUUCUUGCAUUUUAUAUCCCACCUUUUCUCCCACGGAGCUCCAGGCAGCAUACAUGGUAUAUUCCUCCACCCUCCUCAUUUAAUUGCCACAACAAACAACCCUGUGAGGUAGGUUAGGCUGAAAGGCAGUGAGCAGCCGAAGGUCACCUAGUAAGCUUCUUUGCCGAGUGGGGAUUCGAACCCUUGGCCUCCCAAGGUCCUAGCCUGACACUCCAACCACUGUACUUCUUAAUGCUAUACUUUCCCAGCAAAAUGUGAUGUGAGCAAUAGCCCUCCCUUUGACUGUCCCGAUUCGCUUUCACGUCCUACUUUGAGGAGCAAAUGGAAGAUUUCCUUUGAGCCGCACUCUGCCCUGAUUCACAGAGUGUGACCCCCACACUUAUCUUUUCUUUACACUCCCCCCCCCUCCAAAUGCAAAUGCCUUUUUGCCGUUCCCUAUUAGGAAAUGUGUACCAAAAGCUCUCUCUCCUUUCCUCUGCCCUUUCCGGAACCUCUUCCAGGGCUGCGAAGCAACAUCCUUUUUCGAGAGCCUUUUGCAAACAGAACUGCUCGUGGCAUCCGCGUGUGGGCUGUGUCAUAAAUUUAUGUAAUGGCAUCAGAUCUGCUGCUUCGCAUUCAGUCCUUUUUGCUAACAGUAUGCUUGCCUUUUCCAUUGCUGUAGCAGAUGGCUUUGAUGUCGUGCUCCCCCCCCCCCGCCCACCAGCCUCUUCAACCCUUUACUUGGCAGCUAUUCAGGAAAAGGACUUAGAAUGGGAGCCCAUUAUUACACUGGCACUGCCCGCCGGGUCCAGCUGAAACGCUUAAGCUCUGCAGUUGGAGUUGAUAUUCCUCCACAGGCCCAAAGUUGCUUUCAUACCCUCUUGGUGAAUAGAUCCCCUGGCCAGUUCUCCCAGCCCUUGAUCACAAGCUCAGCGUGAGUCAAUAGUGUGAUGCAGCAGGAAAAGGAAAUGCUACUCUAGACUGCAUCAACAGAAGUCUAGAGUCCAGAUCAAGGGAAGUAAUAAUAGUUCCACUCUAUUCUGCUUUGGUCAGACCACACCUAGAAUACUUUGUCCAAUUCUGGGUACCACAAUUGCAGAAGUGUGCAGAGGAGGGUGACCAAGAUGAUCAAGGGGCUGGAAACCAAGCCGUAUGAGGAAUGGUUGAAGGAGUUGGGUAUGUUUAGCCUGGAAAAGAUGAGACUCCCAUGGACUGCAAGAAGAUCAAACCUAUCCAUUCUUAAGGAAAUCAGCCCUGAGUGCUCACUGGAAGGACAGAUCCUAAAGCUGAGGCUCCAGUACUUUGGCCACCUCAUGAGAAGAGAAGACUCCCUGGAAAAGACCCUGAUGCUGGGAAAGAUGGAGGGCAGAAGGAGAAGGGGAUGACAGAGGACGAGAUGGUGGGACAGUGUUCUCAAAGCUACCAGCAUGAGUUUGACCAAACUGCAGGAGGCAGUGAAAGACAGGAGUGCCUGGCGUGCUCUGGUCCAUGGGGUCACGAAGAGUUGGACACGACUAAAUGACUAAACAACAAACAACAACAAGAGGAGACUGAGAGGAGAUAUGAUAGCCAUCUUCAAAUAUCUCAAGGGCUAUCACAAAGAAGACAGAACAAGCUUGUUUUUCCUCCUCUGGAAGGUAGGACUUGAACCGAAGGCUUCAAGUUACAAGAAAGGAGAUUCCAACUCAACAUCUGGAUUAACUUUCUGAUGGUAAGAGCUGUUUGACAACGUAACUCCAAGUGAAGAAUCAGACCUGACUGGUGUCACAAUUGACUGCCUAGUGUCCUGAGCUACAGAUUGACUAUGAAAUCAAGGAAGCUGUAGCUUCACGGCCCCAAAUCCCACCUAGUCCAUGUUGCUUAAAAAAUUGGGUCCAGCCAAUCUGAUUUGAGUCAAAUGGAUCAAUUUUUUCUCAUCUUCAUUUCUACCACCACAACAAUAGAGAGUCUGUUGCACAGGUGCUGCCAAGACUAUCUGUUGGCCGGUCCGCAAAAGAGUGUCUAAAUUCUUCCUGCACCUUGUCUCUUGAAAAGGACCUUGCUAGGAAGUGAAUAAGUCUCUGGACAUGGAUAAGUUCUUCCAAAACCAGAAAAAAAAUAGUAUUUUGUAAAAAUUUCUUUGUGCAGUAUGUAGUAGCUUCUCGUACAACUUACCUUCUUUGGGCAUGAACUUGAUUUGCUCAGAAGUGAAGCCAUUUUCCAGACAGACAACUUGUACCUUUAAGAAUGUUGGACAGUGAUCUUCUUAUGGAAAAAAAAACAUGGAAUUUUGGGGCACAUUAAAGUAUUAAGCAAUCUCCCCCUAACAUGGUUCCUGCUUUUGGAUUACAUCGCCCAUCAGCUUCCAGUCAGCACAGGGCUGGCAUAAGCUUUCAUGAACUAGAGUCAACUGAAGGCCACAAAAGCUUUUGCCGCAAUUAAAACACCAGUCUACAGUGGUACCUCGGGUUAAGUACUUAAUUCGUUCUGGAGGUCCGUACUUAACCUGAAACUGUUCUUAACCUGAAGCACCACUUUAGCUAAUGGGGCCUCCUGCUGCUGCCACGCCGCCGGAGCACAAUUUCUGUUCUCAUCCUGAAGCAAAGUUCUUAACCCGAGGUACUAUUUCUGGGUUAGUGGAGUCUGUAACCUGAAGCGUAUGUAACCUGAGGUACCACUGUUUUAGUAUUAGUGUUCGUAUUCAUAUUCAUAUUCGUAUUAUUAUUAUUAUUAUUAUUAAUUGGCCAUCCAUCUGACUGGGUUGCCUAUUUACACCAGAGAAAAGUUGGAGGGGAUGGAAUAGGGUGUCCCUAUUUACACCAGAGAAAUGUUGGAGGGUAUGCAGUCUGCUAUCUGGCAGUCCACUCUUCAAAGGAACCUCUCUUUCAAGGCUUUCCGCUCCAAACUGAGCUUAAAAAUGAAGUAGGAGAGGGAGCGGAGGCCUUGCUGCUACUUUUCAGCAGUUGGCAGGUGGAGACAGACUGCACGUCUAUUUAAAUUAUUGCACCUAUACACAUAAAUGCAAAUUUUAACCAAAUCUGUGUUCUCGUUCUGGAUCAUCAUCUUCUCUCUUGCAUAACGCAUUGGCCCAUCCAAUGUUCUGUGCGCUGGGAAAAUUAGGACAGGUAAAAGAACGUGGGGCUUCUUUUGUUUUUUGCCCACACAUAGGAUUUGCUAUCAUAAAUGUAGCAGUGAUCUCUUACUGGAACAGCUUUAAAUACUUGGAGCAUGAUUCACGCAACAAGCUUGCUGCUAGCUGGUGAGUACCGGCACAUUUUUUCUGGAAAAAAUGGCACUGGGUAUGGGAAUUAUGCCACACGGACACAACUACGCACAUUUGCUAUUUACUUGGGGACCCUAAAUUGCUCACUUUGUGUGGGUGCCUCAUUCCUUUGAGUCGAGUUCCUUAAUAGGGCCUAACGUUUUUUUCUGACGAGUGGCCUUCUCUGAGUUCAGCCUUAUUAAAAUAGCCCUGUCAAUCAAGGGAAGAAAUAUGAAAACACAAAGCGCAGAGGCCUUUUAAAGCUGUCGACGUCUCCAUAGGAAAUCUCCCGACUUCUGCUUGUUGGGGCAGACGGAAGAUUUAAAGAUUGCUCCGUUUUGAUGUUGUGGCUCCAAGAAGCCAUUUAGGGUGAGUCAUCGCCUCGCCUUUCCCCAAUGGAUGCGAUCGCCAUGGUGACUGGGUCAAAUGGCACAGGGAAACAGUAAUUGGGGAGAAAGUCCUAUUUCAUUCAUUUGUGCCAUUUGUGCCUUGCUAGGUGUCACUGUUGAGCGGACAUUAACAGAACUCUUCUCCUAAGGGGAGGGGUAGAAAACGUACUUGGUUGAAGGUGCCCUAAAGGUAGAUUUGGGGGUGGAGGGAGACCCCAAACCUCCCAUCUAAGUCCUAUUUGAUCAUGCUACAUAGUCUUAUCUCUGCUGUGUUGUCCUAAGCCCUGGGCCUGACCUGUCUAAGGUGGCAUCUACUCGUGAUGCAGAAUGAGGUGGUAUGGGCCUAACAUGGAUAACAUGAACAGACAAUCCUACUUCAGAUGGAGGUGGCUGCAUUUGCACAAAAGCUCCCUGCAAGGAGAAAAUUAGCAGACCCUCCUGGUGUCCAUAUUUUCCAGGGACGGUCCUGGAUUUACAGAAGCCAUUCCAGUUUCUGAUUUGAUCCCAGAAUGUCCCACUUUUCCUUAGGACGUCCCUAUUCUCAGCAGAGAAAUGUUGGAGGGUAUGGAAUAGGAUAUCUGUGUUUUCAUUGGAGAAAUGUUGGGUUUGGGUUGACUUUUACACUCUCAUGCUCAUUUUCUUUUGCAGCUAAUUUGCUUUGCUUUCCUACACUGGGCAUUUGAAAAUAACACACACACACACACACACACAAACACAAACACACACACCCCUCCAGCAGUGAUGCAGUGGAGAAUUCUUAUUUAAUAUGCACAUCGAGAGUCAUGUCAAGUUGUUUGUUCAUAACCAUUGGCUACUGCAAUAUGAAAUGUUCCCCACAUAGUGGUCACUGUAUUUAAACAUCUCCCUGCAAAGUGAUUUCACAAUAAAAACACAAUAAAAAAAUAUGUAUAUACAGACUAGCUUAUCCACACCUCUCCUUGUUCUGCUGCUUCCGCCACCCUCCUGGAAAAAACUGCUCUUUAGUGCUUGAUCGUUACUAACAGGAAUUUGGGUUUUCCCCAGGCUGCCAUUUGUUCUGAUAUAUCCAUGAAGAGUGGGUUUUCCAUCAAUAAUUGCAGUCAACCUGUGUAUGACAGCUAUGUACAUUUUACGAUUUUUUAUGUUCUGUAAGCCGCCCAGAGUGGAUGGGGAAACCCAGCCAGAUGGGCGGGGUAUAAAUAAUAAAAUCAUAACCAUCAUCAACUUAAAUAAUAAUAAUAAUAAUAAUAAUAAUAAUAAUAAUAAUAAUAAUACAUCCAGAGAAAAGCUUUCAGUCCAUUCUUCUGGACAUACUAAUUUUUGACUUAAAAGGAAGGGUGGUUCCUGUUUAUGUGUUGGGAUACCUUCCAACAUUUGUCCGAUGAAAAUACAGUCAUCCCAUUCCAUAUAAUAAUUUUACUAUUUAUACGCUACACAUCUGACAGGGUUGCCCCAGCCACUCUGGGCAGCACCCAACACAUAUAAAAACAAAAUAAAACAUUAAACUUUUUUUAAAAAAUCUUCUCUAUACAGGAUUCCCUUCAGAUGCCUCGGGGGUUCAGAUAACUCCAUACCCUCUAAUAAUAAUAAUAAUAAUAAUAAUUUAUUUAUACCCCCCAUCUGGCUGGGCUUCCCCAGCCACUCUGGGCGGCUUUCAACAAAAUACAGUAAUGCAUCAAACAUUAAAAGCUCCCCUAAAUAGGGCUGCCUUCAGAUGUCUUCUAAAAGUCUGGUAGUUGUUGUUCUCUUUGACAUCUGGUGGGAGGGCGUUCCACAGGGCGGGUGCCACCACCGAGAAGGCCCUCCGCCUGGUUCCCUGUAACUUGGCUUCUCGUAGUGAGGGAACCACCAGAAGGCCCUCAGCGCUGGACCUCAGUGCCCAGCAUUUCUCCAAUGAAAAGAGGCACAUCCUAAGGAAAAGUGGGGCAUUCCGGGAUCAAAUCAGAAACUGGGACGGCUUCUCUAAAUCAGGGACAUCCCUGGAAAAUAGGAACACUUGAAGGGUCUGUGUUGGGGUGCGGUGGUAUUGCUCACCUGCUACCUAAAAAAUGGUACAUCCCCACUCAAACAGGACUGUACCACUUCAUGUGCACCUCAGGCCUCCACAGGUCUGGCCAAGCUCAGAACACAACUGGCUUGUCUGCCCUGCGCCUUUGAUGGCAAUGGUUUGAAAGAAGCCAUUAGCCACUUGGACACCUGUGGAAUCUGCAGUCACCCACACUUCCAAUUGAAUGUGGCAGAUAAUAUCAGCAUGUCGGUGGGUGAUUGCAAAGGAAAGGAAAGCCCCCAUCCAAUGGGCUGCCCAACUAAAGCUCUUUCAAGAAAUAUUCUUGACAAGCAGUCCAACCUUAAACCUCUGCAACCGUUUGCCUCAUUGUUAUUUGAGGUUCUUCCAGAUUUUCGGGAUUGCGUUUCCCCUUUGUGUUAACCUGAAAAUGCCAGACGGGGAACCUUUAUCUCCCCUUUUAAAAAUAUUACUUUUCAAAGUGCAGCCAUUGUUCUACCUCCUUAGCGGCUGGCAGUCGCAUGAAGGUUGUUCAUUCAGUCUGUGAGUAUGUUUCAACUCCUUCUUUUUUUUAAAGGAAAGGAAAAGGAAAGAUAAUUGCAGGUCCCUGAAUUUUUCGAGGGGAAAUAUUUUACAUCGUGCAGACGACCUGCAUGACAGCCUGCAGAAAGAUGGCGGACUGGAAAUUAGUCUGUGUUUGCUAAGUUGCACUCUGUCUUAAUUACAGACACCACACGAGACACGUAAUGAGAAAUUCAAGGGGAAAUUCAAGGCUUAAUCAAGCAGCGGACAGCAUGUCAAAUAAGAGAACUGGGAUCGGAUUUGCUCUGUCAACCUUGCUUUGGUGACCUGGAUGAGGAAAUUUUCAGAUUGCCAGGGCUGCGCAGGUUCCGCGGUUCCUCAGAAACGCAGAAAGAGCUCGGGAUGUGAUAUUGAGCAUGGAAUUCAGCUUCGUGAGAAUCUCAGCUUUCGAUUAAAAAACCAAUAAUAGUCUAGCUCUUACGGAUGCAAAUAUUGGCUUGAAGGUGUGUGGGCGACCUCAGCUGAAAUCCCCAAAGCCAGGAGGUGGCCAGAUAAGAUUUCAAAUGACUGAAGAGGGAUGGAUGGGUCUUCAUUAUUCACAGCCCAUUCCUGGGAUUAGCAAAAAGUAGCAUAAAUUAUCAGGGCUCUCGCUCAAUUGGAGACAUCUCAGUUAAUGAAGCAGAUUAGUAUUAAUAGAUUCAUUAAGCGAUGGCAUUUGCAUAAAUUGGUUAUGCAAUUUAUGCAUAAACACUGGUUCUGAAGUGGGGGGAUAAAUUGCAUAAUAUACUGAUUCUGAAGCAGAGGAGCAGACUUUGUUUCAUGUACAGAGAGUGAGAGAGAGAGAUAUCAUAGCACAAGCAGUUUUUACAAACACUUCUAUAUUAAAGAAUUUCAAUUUUUUUAAAAAAUACAUUGCCUGAUUCAACAGCCAAUUCAAUGCGUUUCCUUAGUUGCUUGUUCUAGCAAUGCAAUCCCAUACAAACUUACUCAGAAGUAAGUCCCACUGGGUCCCAUGAGUUUUGUUCCCAUAUCAGUAUCCACACCCACUUCCCUCUCCCCACAGGAACCAAGCCAGAUGCUGCUUUUAUCCCCUGAGUCCAUUCUCCGUGUGUCCUCUCUGAGGGGGAUGGCGACACUAGAUUGGGUCUUCUCAGUGGUGGCUCCCCAUUUGUGGAAUGCUCACCCCAGAGAAGCAUGCUUGGCACCCUCAUUGUCAGGUUUUAGGUGGCAGGCAAAAAUGUGUUUAUUCACACAGGGCUUUGAUUUUUUUUAAUUGGGAGGGUAGUUAGUUGUGUCAGCGGCCUUUGUUGCACUCAUCCUUUAAGUAAGGUGGGUAGGAUUUGUCUUCUGAAUCAUAUUUUUGGACACAUAUUUCAGCUCCUGUUUCUUGCUGGUUUUGGAUCUGGUUUUAAUGUCUUUGUUAUUUACAUGUUUAAUUGUGGAAAUCGCUUUGAAGCGCCUUAGCACAAGAAGGCAACAAGUAAAUAUUUAUGAUAAAAAGGUAAAGGGACCCCUGACUAUUAGGUCCAGUCGUGGCCGACUCUGGGGUUGCGGCGCUCAUCUCGCUUUACUGGCCGAGGGAGCCGGCAUACAGCUUCCUGGUCAUGUGGCCAGCAUGACUAAGUCGCUUCUGACAAACCAGAGCAGUGCACGGAAAUACCAUUUACCUUCCCGCCGGAGUGGUACCUAUUUAUCUACUUGCACUUUGGCGUGCUUUCAAACUGCUAGGUGGGCAGGAGCAGGGACAGAGCAACGGGUGCUCACCCCAUCAUGGGGAUUUGAACAGCUGACCUUCUGAUUGGCAAGCCCUAGGCUCUGUGGUUUAACCCACAGCGCCAUCCACAUUAAUAUUUCUUAUAUUAUUAAUAAAUAGUCCACACUGAACUCAAAGGGACUUUGUAUGACUAGACACACGUACAAUUGUGGUCCUAUAAAAUAUGCAAGAUAAACCACAGAAUUGUCUAUUCAAAGGAAGGUGCUAUUGGGCAUCUGUGUUCAGUGUGCUUAACACAAGCCGCACUGUGCAAACAUGCUCAACUAAUUCAACAGGGAGGCAUCCAAUACUAGGAUCGUUGCCUCUUGUUCAUAUUGCAGGAGCUCUUCCAGAAUACAUGGAAAAUGCAUCAUGAACCAGAGUUUUCCCACAUUUGUUGUUAAGGCAAAAUUUUGUGUCUGGAAGAGGGGAAAGUAUAUUGGAGACAGCAAAGAACGGCAUCCAAUAAGCUGUUUUAAAUCCCAGCAUAAUGCAUGUUAAGCUGCUCUGUGGAAAUUUAUUUUCCUUACCAUAACAAAUGAAAAUAGUUCCGUUUCAGAAUAAGGAGCUAUAAUGGCCAUUAGCUAUUACAGAGCUUCCCAUCUCAAAAAUAAAAUAAAAUGAUGUGGCUCUGCUAGAUAUUCUUGUCGCAGUUAGCCAGGGGAAGUGAACCUCUGACAUGCGGGUCAAAUUAGACCUGACACACCCAAUGUUGUAUGUGAGGUUGUGUUGGACAGAUAUGUCAGUGUUUGAAAAAGAAAAGGUUCUGACCUCCUUUUUACUCCUUUGCCUAGUCCUCAGACCUUAGUUGGCACAAAAGAGUCUUUGAGAAAGAGUGUUCUUGCAGAGUAUUGCUGCUUUUAUUCUUUAAAAGUCUUCUUCUUCAACCGUGACCGACAGCUUUGUCCAGAGAUCCAGUGUGGUGUAGUAGUUAAGAACAGUAGACUCGUAAUCUGGUCAACCGGGUUUGAUUCCCCACUCCUCUACAUGCAACUGCUGGGUGACCUUGGGUUGGUCACACUUCUCUGAAGUCUCUCAGCCUCACUCACCUCACAGAGUGUUUGUUGUGGGGGAAGAAGGGAAAAGGAGAUAGUUAGCUGCUUUGAGACUCCUUAGGGUAGUGAUAAAGCGGGAUAUCAAAUCCAAUCUCUUCUUCUUGUUCUUUAUACAUAUCAAACGCAACCAGCUUUCUACCAUCCAACCAACCCACACGCAACACUAACAUUGACCACUCUAUAUAUACAGGUAAAAUUUGGUGAAAGGUUGCAUGAGUCAUUGUAGGCCGCAGACUCAUGCUGACUUAGUUCUUUUAGCAUUAAAUAAUUUUUUAGCUGUGACGAGAUAGAGAUACAGCUGCACAGGAGGCCUUGAAGUGUGAUUAGCAAGCAUGGCUUGCUGUCAGCACUGAUCAGCUGAUUCCACAGCAAGCCCUGGCAGAAUCACAGAGUUAUAGAAUUGGAAGGGACCCAAGGAUCAUCCAUUCCAACACCCUGCAAGGCAGGAAUCUCAGCUAAAGCGUCCAUGCCAGAUGGCCAUCCAACCUCUACUUAAAAACCUCAAAUGAAGGAGAGUCCACAACCUCUGGAGGGAGACCAUUCCACUGUCAAACAGCUCUUAUGGUCAGAAAGUUCUUCCUGAUGUUGAGUCGCAAUCUCCUGUCUUGCAACCUGGGAAACCAGGUCCCAGCAUGAAGGUUUGCUAUAAUAAUGAUGAUGAUGAUGAUGAUUUAUUUAUACCCUGCCCAUUUGACUGGGUUUCCCCAGCCACUCUGGGUGGCUUCCAACCGAAUAUUAAAAACAAUACAGCAUCAGACAUUAAAACCUUCCCUAAACAGGGCCGCAUUCAGUUGUCUUCUAAAAGUAAAAUAGUUGUUAAUUGCCUUGACAUCUGCUGGGAGGGCAUUCCACAGGGCAGGUGCCACCACUGAGAAGGCGCUCUGCCUGGUUCUCUGUAACCUCACUUCUCGCAGCAAGGGAAUCGCCAGAAGGCCCUCGGCACUGGACCUCAGUGUCCAGGCUGAACAAUGGGGGUGGAGACGCUCCUUCAGGUAUACUGGGCUAAGGCCGUUUAGCAUAGCUGUCAACCUUCCCUUUUUUUGCGGGAAAUUCCCUUAUUCCAGCGCCGUUUCUCACUGCUUCCCACUGCUAUCCCAGAUUGUUAGAUAUCCUGUAGACUGUCCCCGGGACAGGUGAGGCUGCUGAUCCCUUAUUUUCAAAUCUGAAAGUUGACAGCUAUACCGUUUAGGGCUUUAAAGGUCAGCACCAACACUUUGAAUUGUGCUCAGAAACGUACUGGGAGCCAAUGAAGAUCUUUCAGGACCGGUGUUAUAUUGUCUCCCAGUCACCAGUCUAGCUGCCGCAUUCUGGACACUCUUCUAGUGGUUAUCCACAUUUUAGAACUUAUUUUCAACGGAACUGUUUGUAGGUUGUUCAAAGUGGCCAGAUCCCAGGCUGAGAAGUUCAGCUUCCCACCCACCUCAUCCCACACGAGGCAUAUUUGAAAAAGGAGCAUGCGAAGCAUCGCCAUAUGUCAGAUGUGAUGUUUGUUCAGAAGAGCAAAGUGGUGCUGAAGACGGAUUAACCACAGAACACACUAGAGGCAGCUCUCUCACCGAGCUUUCUGUAUCCUUUGUUUCCACUGAUUUUGGUUGGUAGGAGCUGCUUCCCAGAGUCAUAGAAUCGUAGAGUUGGAAGGUACCCCAAGAGUCAUCCAGUCCAACCCCCUGUGAUGCAGGAAUCUCGGCUAAAGCAUCCCUGACAGAUGGCCACGCAACCUCUGCUGAAAAACCUCCAAGGAAGGAGAGUACACCACCUUCCAAGAAAAUCCGUUCCACUGUCAUUUCUCAAAGGUCUUGCUUCUGAGAGCAUUCUCACCAUUUGCUGAUGCUGGAAUGCUUUAUUUGUGCUUCUAAUUACAAGACUCCCUUUUCUGGGUAUCAAAUCCAGCCAAUCAGCAAUCGUGCAAUAACUUGUUUUAUGAGCUGAAUUUAUACGUCCGCCUCUGAGUUCGCUGCGUGGUUCACCAAGUAAUUAAAAUGCAAUCUAAAACAAUGAAAAAAACUAUUAAAACUAAAAAUACAGUUAAAACACAGAUUUUAAAACGAAGAGGGCCAUAAAACCUAACUUAAAAAGAAAAGAAUCCACCGGCAAUGUUUGCUUAAGAGAAUAAGAGUCCUCUGGAUCGUGGCCUGCCUACUCAAGCAUUCUGCUCUCACAGUGGCCAACCAGAUGCCCCAAGAGGGAAACCCAAAAGCAGGAACUGAGUUCAGGAACACCCUCCUCUCCUGCAGUUUCCAGAAACUGGUAUUCAGAAGCAUUACUGCCUCUGGUGGAUUGAGCAGAUGAGACUGAUAGGGGGUCCAAUGGUCAAGAAUGCAGCUGCUGCAUGCACUAUAGAGCAGCCUUUCUCACCCUUAGGUCCCCAGAUUGUGUUUCGAUUUCUGAGAAUGGAGUUCAGAGAUGACCUAACCUGGGGAGAAAACAGCAAAGACCUGAUGAAGAGAGCACAGCAGAGGUUAUAUUUUCUGAGAAUCCUCCAGAAAAACAAUCUCUCAAAGGACCUGUUGAUGGCAUUUUAGCAUUGUACUGUUGAGACUGUAUUAAUUUAUGGUCUGUGUGUGUGGUUUGCAAGCUGCAAGGUCAGGGGAAAAACAAUGCUGUCCAGGGUUGUAAAGACUGCGGAGAGAAUAAUUGGGUGCACUCUUCCCACCUUGGAUCAAAUAUAAGCUGCCAGGUGCCAUAAGAAAGCUGCAGAGAUAGCACAGGAUAGUUCGCACCCCGGAAAUGAUCUCUUUCAGCUUCUGCCUUCUGGAAGAAGGUACAGGGUUAUAAAGACUAGGACUAGCCGAAUGAGAAACAGUUUCUAUUCAAAUGUGAUUUUGUUUUUAAACGCAGUGUAAGGUAGUCUCUAUGGGAGUAUAUUGUAUUUAAUUAUGGGGUAUCAGAGUUUUUAGGGGGCUGGGGACGUGGGUAGCACUGUGGGUUAAACCACAGAGCCUAGGACUUGCCGAUCAGAAGGUCAGCAGUUCGAAUCCCCGCGAUGGGGUGAGCUCCCGUUGCUCGGUCCCAGCUCCUGCCAACCUAGCAGUUCAAAAGCACGUCAAAGUGCAAGUAGAUAAAUAGGUACAGCUCCAGCGGGAAGGUAAACGGCGUUUCGGUGCGCUGCUCUGGUUCGCCAUAAGUGGCUUAGUCUUGCUGGCCACAUGACCUGGAAGCUGUCUAUGGACAAACGCUGGCUCCCUCGGUCAAUAAAGCAAGAUGAGCGCCGCAACCCCAGAGUUGGUCACGACUGGACCUAAUGGUCAGGGGUCCCUUUACCCUUUACCUUUUUAACCAGGCUGGGAUAGCAGGCUUGUUGGUUUUUGAAUGUCUGAUGUAGAUUUUUUCAAUUGCAUUGUUCUGUAUGGGACAAUGACAAUACAGAUUAUCGUAUCGUGUCAGAUGUUGAACUACAACUCCCAUCACCCCUAGCUAGCAAGGUCAGAGCUCAGGGAUGAUGGGAGUUGUAGUCCAACAACAUCUGGGGACCCACAGGUUGAGAACCGCUGCUAUAGAGGGAAGUGAGGGGCGAUGGGGCUCAUCAACCUGGGAAGGUAGCCCAUCAAAGAGAAAGAAAACUCUGAUCCUAAACCUCCUCUGCCUUGUUGGAGAUCUUCCGGAGAAGAAACGGCUGAGGAGUAAACCCGACACAAAUCUGGAGUGGAGCUCCUAAGACACUUGGAUGGUAUAAUGAGUAUGGGUUGCUCGUGCGUAAGUUGCCGCCUCUCCAGGCUUUGUUGCCUUGGUAAACCUUUCAGUCUGGGCAGCCCUUCACUUCGUGGCUGCCUCAGUCGCUAGCAGAAUCCGUCAGUGGGCGUUUCUUAAAUCUUUUCCAACAUAAAAGUUGUUUGACACCCAGUCUCCUCCUACUCUCUAUGCGUGGAAGUCUUCUGCGCAGGGUGGGCGUGGGUAGCGGGGGACCAGUGCUCUCCCCGCUGGUGUCCAGUGAAGAGUCCUGGAGCCCUCUUGCCGAUUCCCCCAUCAGCCCCUCCUUAUCCCUGGUGUAGCGCUGAUUUGCUUCCCCAUCUGCGGAGCUGCCUCUCUCCCUGCUGGGCCCUUCUCCAGCAUCAUUUGAGAGCCUUCCCUCCUCCUCUAGCUCCGAUGUCACUUCCCUGACAGAUGGCUCCUUGUACGGCUCCUUCCAGCAACUCGUGCAGCCAAGCAGGUGCCAAAUGUCUUGCUCUACUUUCCUUUGGACCACAUCAGCCAGACCAAGAGCGGGGUCUUGUUGUCUGGGCAAGCCAGGGCCUCCAUACACACUGCCCAGGCUUGCACCUCGAGAAGGUUGCAGCAGAAGUGGGAGACACCCGUGACUCUUCACCAGCCAGACCCAUCUCUGCCUCUUGGCCUCCUUCAUCUACUGCUUCAUCUUCUGCCCCUGAUCCUGGUCUUCUGUCUGCCACAGACUCUCCCAGCUCACUGAGCCCUGUUAUCUCUUCAGCUUCUGGCAUCUCCUCUUCCCAGUCUUCUCCCACCGCAAAAACCCAGGCUCUUAUGUUUCUUCCCUUGGUGGUUCCCCAGCUGGUUCCUCUCACCUUUCCUCUGUGUCCAGCCAGUCCAUGACUCCUGGCUACUUACAGCAAAUGCAAAUAAUAAUAAUAAUAAUAAUAAUAAUAAUAAUAAUAAUAAUAAUUUAUUUCUACCCCGCCCAUCUGGCUGGGUUUCCCCAGCUACUCUGGGCAACUUCCAACUGAAUACUAAAAACAAUACAGUGUCAGACAUUAAAAACUUCCCUAAACAGGGCCACCUUCAGUUGUCUUUUAAAAGUAAAAUAGUUGUUUAUUGCCUUGACAUCUGCUGGGAGGGCAUUCCAAGGGCAGGCGCCACUACCGAGAAGGCCUUCUGCCUGGUUCCCUGUAACCUCAUUUCUCGCAGCGAGGGAACCACCAGAAGGCCCACGGCGCUGGACCUCAGUGUCCAGGCUGGACGAUGGGGGUGGAGACGCUCCUUCAGAUAUACUGGGCUGAGGCCGUUUAGGGCUUUAAAGGUCAGCACCAACACUUUGAAUUGUACUCAGAAACAUACUGAGAGCCAAUGAAGAUCUUUCAGGACGGGUGUUAUAUGGUCUCGGUGGCCACUCCCAGCUCUGGCCUCACCUGUCACAUUGCACUUGCUUAGGUGUUGCUUAGGUGUUGCUGUUUUCCUAACCUUGGAAGGAUGCCUGGCAGUCAAAGGUGAACAUCAGUAGCCACCACAAAUAGCAGGUGCAUUCGCAGGUGAUAUCCUUCAGGGCACUGGGACAGCAGAUGGACUGGCCUGUAAAACCAUUGAUUUCAGCAAGACUGAUCUAGAUUUCACGUGACAAUGACAGCAUUCAAACACUUCAGCCUAUCAGGAUACUCGCUUACUGACCUUCAGGUGCACUAUGCCUCCCCACCUUGAAAAAGGAAAUUUGAAGGAAAACUUGAUGGUGAAACUGAUUUGCAACUCCAAAUCUACAGUCAUACCUCGGGUUACAGACGCUUCAGGUUGUGUUUUUUUGGGUUACGGACCACCAAACCCCGGAAGUACCAGAACGGGUUACUUCUGGGUUUCGGCGGUCGUGCAUGUGCAGAAGUGCUAAAUCGUGCUUUGCGCAUGUGCAGAGGCGCCAAAUGGCAACCCGCGCGUGCGCAGAUGCACUGCUGCAGGUUGCGGAUGCUGCGGGUUGCGAACGUGCAUCCCGCACGGAUCACAUUCGCAACCUGAGCGUCUAUUGUAAUGAGGUCAACUCUUUGCAAGGUUGUCUUAAUGUUCCAUCAAUUUUGCCCAGGAAACUUUGGUGAUUGAGCUGCUGGAAAGUGAGCCCAGAAGGUCGGCCCACUUUAGAGCCUAUCGCCCAAAGUGUGAUGGAUGGGUUUUUUUCCCUAGGGCAUUUUAGGGCCGUGUCCUGCUAAGAAGUGGGCAGCAUUGGAUGCCAGCAUCCUCUCCCCAAGACUGAACUCCCUCCUUUGGGCAGAGCUGCAGGCAGGACAUGUGUGUCUUGGCCCUCUUCCCAUGCUCAUGGAGAGCACACAUUGAGGAGCCUGCCAGGAAUGAGCUGAUAGUGGCGGCGGCAGUGGUGACUGCGCAAGGGGUCACUGGGAGAGGUAUCUCAAGAAAGAUACACAGCUUCCCUUGGCUGCAACAGGGAACAGAGUGUUCCCUGUAGGGACUCAGCCCGGAUUCCUCCAGCCUGAGCAACUGAGCAGCUUCCAAAAAUGCCAUUAUUGGUCCCUGAGGGUCAACGGGACAGGACUUUUAAGCAAAGUUUUGUGGCAGUGAUAAGUCAAGUCCCGGUGCUCAAGAGGAGAUGGUGGAUACAUUAUUGGGGGGGCAGGUCAUCUCCCUAUUUUUUUAGACCUACAUUUGCCAGCUGCUACCCCUGUCUCCAAUAACCUGUCCUUUUAGGACAAACUUAGGCUGGAAACUCAGACUGUGUACAUACCAUACUUUUAAAGCACCCAACUGCCCCCAAAGAAUUGUGGGAACUGCAGUUUUCUGGGAGCUGCCAUUUGGCGAGGGGCAAACUGCAGUUCCCAGGAUGCUUUGGGGGAAAGACACACCCUUUAAAUGCUGAAAAGCUCUUGUCCUCAGGAAAUUCUUCCUAAUGUUUAACCUGAAUCUCCUUUCUGGUAACUUGAAUCCAUCAGUUCAGGUCCUACCCUCCACAGCAGAAGAAAGCAAGCUUGCUCCAUCUUCCAUGUGACAGCCCUUGAGAUAUUUGAAGGUGGCUAUCAUAUCUGCUCUCAGUCUCCCCUUUUCCAGGCUAAACAUACCCAGCUUCUUCAACCGUUCCUCAUAAGGCUUCAUUUCCAGACUCUUGAUCAUCCUGGUUACCUUCCUCUGCACACGUUCCAGCUUGUCACCAUCCUUCUUAAACUGUGGUACCCAGAAUUGGACACAGUGUUCCAGAUGUGGUCUGAUCAAGGCUGAAUAGAGUGGUACUAUUAUUUCCCUUGAUCUGGACACUAGACUUCUGUUGAAGCAGCCUAGAAUUGCAUUAGUUGUUUGCUUCUUUGCUUGCUUGUUUGUUUGUUUGCUGCUCCAUCACACUGGUGACUUUUGUGAAUGCCCUGGGAGCUACUGAGGGGCCACACUGAUGCUCACGGGCACCGCUUUGGAGACCCUCUUCCAGGUCUCAGGCCCAUGUCUUCCCUAGCCCUUCUUUGAACCGGAGGUUCCAGCAAUAGAGCCCGAGUCCUUGUUGACUGCAAAGCAUGUUCUCUUCUCCUGAGAGCUGACCUCCUUUAUUGGCCCGGCCAACUUGCUGGCUGAGUUUGGCACUGGUCUGGGCCAAGGUUGCAAAUGCAUCAAAGAGCAUCACAUGAAACAAGGAGGCGCCAAACGAGAGGGAGACAAAGGGAGACAUGACCAAACAAUCCCAGAGGAAGUUGUUCAUUGUGUACGAAAGCAGAGAUCCGUCUCAUAGAAGUUUGAAAACAAAGCCUGUUCUGUCUCCCCCUUGGCAGAAGGUAGCCAGCAGGACCAUUCACAGCGUCCUGGUUUUACCCCCUCCCCACACUUUCUCCCCUCCCCACCAAUGAAAGAAAAAUGGAGCAGCCCUUCUCAAGCUGCUAAACAUCUCAGAUCAGAUCUUUCCACGGAACACUUCCAAGGAAACUAGUUCGCCGGGCUGGGUUCUCUAGGUGGGAAGGAAGAGCAACCAAGGACGUGGAAAGAAGGAGAUGGCCCCUCCCCCUCCCGCCCUGUCAUCAAAAAUUAUGGGAAAUUAUGUGCAUUUUUUCACACGGAAUCAGCUGGCGAAAAGCUGGGGACUUGGCAAGUCAAGUGUGUUCUUUUUGGCAAGCGCCCCAGCCAAGCCUGAAAAAGGACAGUGUGGGAGCUGUCUCAGCUGCAAAGAACUCCACCCUCUGGCCACAUGGCUCCCUCUUUUGGGGGGCUUCUGUUUUUGCUUCGUGGAUCUGGAAGAGGAAGACUUGUCUUCUCCUGUCCUCGGUCCACUCAUUCUCUGACUUCCUUGGUGGGUUGGCUGGUUGCGGUUGUGCUGGGCCGGAGGGUAACCCAAGCAACGCGGUCCAGGUCCGGUCCCAAAUCCAAGGGUUCUGCGAGGAGUCAGUCUGACAGGGCAAAGGCAGGACACGAGGCAGGAAACCAGGCAAGGUCAGGCACAGGAUCACAGGCAGGUUCAGGCAAACAGCAACAUUGCUCCCACAACCUGGGACGGGGUCCAGCAGCCUUUUAUCUCUAUUGGGGUAACUGCUGGUCCUGAUCCACCGGCAACUCACCUCCCUGUCUUGCCCAAAGGCAAGCACUCUUCCUGCGAGUACUCAGGUCUCUCCUUCUCUCAGACCUUAGUCUCUGCAGCUCGGGAGAUGUCGGUGGGUUACUAGACCCAGAGGCCGCCUCAGCCUCUCCUGACCCAACUGGUAGUGGAGCAGCUGUAAGCGAUGGCCCAGCUGGAGGCAACAAGGUAAUCCCCACAUCUGGAGCCAGGGCAGGCUCAGGCCCCUGACUCGGCCCAGCUGGUGCUUGUUGCAGGGGAACCUGUGCAGACUGGGGCUCUUCAGGAUCAGGCCCCAGAUUAGGUUUGGCUGCCGCCUGAGGCAAAGGAUCUGGCGCGGACUGAGACUCCUCUGGCUCCAAGUCCGAGCCCAAGUCCCAGGCCAUCACACCGGUUCCUUGAGAGAGUAAGACGAAACCUGUAGCAUCUGGCCAAUGCUGCCUCUCGUCCAAUGUCCUGCUCUCACAACUGUGGUCCAGCAGAUGCCCUGGGGAAGACUGCAAGCAGAACUGAGCGCAACAACCCUCUUUCCACCUGCAGUUUCCAGCAACUGGAGAUUUGGAGGAAUCUACUGCCCGGCGAUGAAUGCACUGCCUCUGGCAUGGUCUCCGGCCUCCAAAGCCACUUGCAACAACUCAGAACAGAAAUAAAAUGGGAAUAAGUAGAAUGUCAUAAGUCAGAUCAAUGAAACAGACAGAAAUAUCAGCGUAGAAAGGGCUUUUGAUUCUGCUGCCUUAAGACAUCUCAGGGGCCAGAGGAUACGUAGAAUCAUAGCACUGUAGAGUGGACGGGACCCUAAGCUCCAUCUUCCUUCCCUUUAGAUAUCUGAAGAUGAUUAUCCUAUCUUCUCCCAGUCUCCUCUUUUCCUGGCUGAACAUACUCAUCUCCCUCAACCGUUCCUCAUAAGGCUUGGUUUCCAGACCCUUGACCAUCUUAGCGCAUAGACUAAUGCAUUUGUUCCCCAGGGGAGGACGCUGUUGUGCUAUAAGGGCUUCCCAUAGGCAGCUGAUUGGCUGCUAUGAGAACAGGCUGCUGGACCGAAUGGGCUUUUAUCCUUGAAUCCCUAGCCGGAAUUGAGAUUGCCAGAAGAAAUAUCAACAACCUCAGAUAUGCAGAUGACACAACCUUGAUGGCAGAAAGUGAGGAGGAAUUAAAUAACCUUUUAAUGAGGGUGAAAGAGGAGAGCGCAAAAUAUGGUUUGAAGCUCAACAUCAAAAAAACGAAGAUCAUGGCCACUGGUCCCAUCACCGCCUGGCAAAUAGAAGGGGAAGAAAUGGAGGCAGUGAGAGAUUUUACUUUCUUGGGCUCCAUGAUCACUGCAGAUGGUGACAACAGCCACGAAAUUAAAAGACACCUGCUUCUUGGGAGAAAAGCAAUGACAAACCUAGACAGCAUCUUAAAAAGCAGAGACAUCAGCUUGCCAACAAAGGUCCGUAUAGUUAAAGACAUGGUUUUCCCAGUAGUGAUGUACGGAAGUGAGAGCUGGACCAUAAAGAAGGCUGAUCGUAGAAGAAUUGAUGCUUUUGAAUUAUGGUGCUGGAGGAGACUCUUGAACUGCAAGAAGAUCAAACCUAUCCAUUCUUAAGGAAAUCAGCCCUGAGUGCUCACUGGAAGGACAGAUCCUGAAGCUGAGGCUCCAAUACUUUGGCCACCUCAUGAGAAGAGAAGACUCCCUGGAAAAGACCCUGAUGUUGGGAAGGAUGGAGGGCACAAGGAGAAGGGGAUGACAGAGGACGAGAUGGUUGGAUAGUGUUCUCUAAGCUACCAGCAUGAGUUUGACCAAACUGCGGGAGGCAGUGGAAGACAGAAGUGCAUGGCGUGCUCUGGUCCAUGGGGUCACGAAGAGUCGGACACGACUAAACGACUAAACAACAAAAUUCCAGGGCUCUUCCUAUAUUCAUUCUUCCCAGACAAAUUUGGCUGAAUGCUGCUGAAAAUAUGAAGUCGACGUCCCCUUGGUCUGAUCUGGCAAGACUCCCCUCAAAGUUUUAUCAGGGUUUUGCUGAGUUCUGCAAAUAUUUUGGAGUUGAAAGAGGAGGGGCUUCAGGAGACACAAAAUGUUCCCUGAGAAAUGGAGUUGCCGUAUCUACCUGUGCUUUUAUGUUUUGCUGUUUUAAAGCAGUGGGUUUUCGUUGCUGCUGUAUUAGUUUUAUUUUAUUUUAUUUUUAUUUAUUGAAUUUAUAUACCACCCUAUACCCAGGGGUCUCAGGGUCCAGCAAAUCAACAAAUAAUACACAAGUUUGCUUCAUACACCCAAUUGUGCAAGCCAUUCCUUCUCCCCUUGGUAGAGUUCUGUGCAUUAUUUUCACUAACAUGGGCAUUUUUCUCGCUGUUUGGGGUUGACGAACUGCAUCAUCGCAGCAGUGGGGAAUUGUCAGUUUCAAAGGAUAGCCAGCCGUGCUUCGGUUUGUAUGCUGAUUGAGAGAGGGCAUAUGCCGGAUUAGUCUGUGUCAAAACCGAUUGAUUCAUAUUAAUCGAACCAGAGAGUGUGCAGUUUCCCCCGCAACCCUCUCUUUUCGCUGGGGAUAUAGAAAAACGCUUCCUGCUAAAGAGCAAAAGGUGACCCUGGAAAAACUGAUGGCAAAUCAUCCACCCAGACAACUCAUAAAAGGGCAAAUGCAACGGAUGCUCAAUCUGUUCACUUGGAGACUUGGAAAAAUAGUUCCGUGAUGGCCGAACCUCUCCCAAGACUAUUCUGUGUUUGUUUUUCCAGCUUCCAAGUUCCCCUCCCUCUGGUUUUCUAAGAAUGUGAACUUGGAGGUUAACCCCUGGCCUGCACCAAGUUUCUUGAAUUUUGCAGAUCUGACUUGGCUGCAAAAAAAAAUGAGAGGAAGAUUCGGCUCCAAGCUCCCGUAUUAUCAUGGUCACUUCGGCGCUGUGCUAAAAUCACCAUUAUUCAUACCAUGUCGUCAGAGCAUGAAGCAAACAUCUGCAUUAUACAUUUAAAGCGCCAUGGUGCUGCUUCAAACAGUCGAGGCUUCCCCCAAAGAAUUCUGGGCGCUGUCAUUUUUAAGGGUGAGGAGAGUUGUUCGAUCCCCUGGUCUCCUGACAGCGCUACAGUCCCCAGAGCUCUCUGAGAAAAGGGAUGGACUGGUAAACCCCAGAGAGAAUUGUAGCUCUGGAGGGGGAAUUGGGUCUCUUUUUUAUAUAUAAUAAUAAUUUUUAUUGAGUUUUCCAUAUUUAUUACAUAAAUCUAUAACCUUAAACCUUGCUCAAACAGAGCAUUGACCUCCUUCCCUCCCUCUUUCUGACUUCCAAACAUCUUUAAAUAAAUUCUUAGCAUUUCUAUAACCACUCUUUUACCUUCUAUCUUCUUUUAACAUUUCACCUCGUUAUAUGUAAAACGGCUCCUUAUUUUCACAUUACAAAACAUUUCAACUCCAACCUACAAACGUUUUAAAUGUUUACAAUUUUCUUUCAUGUAAAAUAUAAAUUUGCUCCAGUCCUUUUGAAAUGUUUUGUCACACCGAUUCCAGAUCUUCCCCAACAGCUUUGCCAACUCUACGUAUUCCACCAUCUUUAACUGCCAUUCUUCCAACACAGGAAGUUCCUGCUGCUUCCAUUUCUGGGCCAGAAGUAUCCUUGCAGCUGUUGUGGUAUACAUAAACAAAUUUACAUCUUUCUUUUUUGAAUUUCCUCUCCAAUUAAACCUAACAAAAAUGCCUCUGGUUUUUUGUUGAAAUUAUAUUUAAAAACCUUUUUUAAUUCAUUAUAUAUUAUAUCCCAGAAGGCUUUGACCUUGGUACAAGUCCACCAGCAAUGACAAACCUAGACAGCGUCUUAAAAAGCAGAGACAUCACCUUGCCAACAAAGGUCCGUAUAAUUAAAGCUAUGGUUUUCCCAGUAGUGAUAUAUGGAAGUGAGAGAUGGACCAUAAAGUAGGCUGAUCGCCAAAGAAUGGAUGCUUUUGAAUUAUAGUGCUGGAGGAGACUCUUGAGAAUCCCAUGGACUGCAAGAAGAUCAAACCGAUCCAUUCUGAAGGAAAUCAGCCCUGAGUUAUCACUGGAAGGACAGAUCCUGAAGCUGAGUCUCCAAUACUUUGGCCACCUCAUGAGAAGAGAAGACUCCCUGGAAAAGACCCUGGUGUUGGGAAAGAUGGAGGGUACAAGGAGAAGGGGAUGACAGAGGACGAGAUGGUUGGAUAGUGUUCUCAAAGCUACCAGCAUGAGUUUGACCAAACUGUGGGAGGCAGUGGAAGACAGAAGUGCCUGGCAUGCUCUGGUCCAUGGGGUCACGAAGAGUCGGACACAAUUAAACGACUAAACAACAACAACAAACAACAAGUCCACCACAUAUGAAGGAAAUUCCCUGGAGGGGGAAUAGGGUCUCUGAGUAACUCUUGGCACCUCAAAUCUGACACCUUCGCUCCACAACCUGCUCAGUCUUCUUGGCUGAAAUGUAGGGAACAUGGAUCAUGUAACAGCAGCAGGGUCUGAAGGUCAAGUCCGGACAUGCUCUAGCUGCGAGGGGUGGCAGCCGGCAGUCCCCAACCUUCGAUAAGCACCACCUGGUUUUGCAAUUGCAAUUUGCUGGAAACAGGUGGGAAGGUGGGGAGAAGAGGGGAAGAAAACCUGUCUCUGAGACCCAACGCACUGCAAAUAACUGAGGGAGGCACAGCAAGGAGGGAACUUCACCACCAUGCUUUUUCAUUUUUCUAAUUUUGUCUUUUAUGCUGCCAUUCUGGAGACUCAAAGCAGAAGGCAUAAAAGCAGAAUGCAAUCAUUCUUAAAAAAAAAAAUAAGAAAGAAAGCCAGCCAUAAAAUGUCACAAUAAAAGCAUCAAGAGCAGAAACGCAAUUAACUAAAAGGAGAGGCAUCAAUCACGGGCUGCUUAGAGGCAGUCUAAACAAAACAAGGAAAGUCUCAUGACCUCCAAGAUGCGGCAGGCCAGGCCGAGACUGAAGCUGGCUGAGAGGGAGAAAGGAGUCUGGUUGCUGAAGUUGCUUCUGCAUCAUCCAUGCUCACACGUACGGGCAUGCUGACGCUGUCAUAAAGUUUGGUCUCUGUGGCAUUUCAGCUGGGCUGGAUCGUUCGCACAUGGCAGCUCAGGGAUCACCCACACUUCCUUUUCUCCAGCUGCUUUCAAAUGCUCUUUAGAAUCACAGAAUCGUAGAGCUGCAAGGGACCACGAGGAUCAUCUAGUCCAACCCCCUGCAAUGCAGGAAUCUGAGAUUAAGAGUCUCAUGCUCUGCCGGCUGAGCCAUAGCGCUCAGUCAGAGUAAACGACAAUUCGGGUUUCCCCCGGAUUGUUUUCUCCUGGUCUGUAGGGUAGGACUUGAACCCAUGGCUUCAAGUUACAAGAAAGGAGGUUUUUCUUUUCUUUUCUUUUUUAAUUUUUUAUUAGGAAUUUCAACAUAACAAUUUAUCAAAAAACAUAUCAUCCUCAUUUCCCCCCCCCCAUUUUUCCCUCCCCCUGCCCAAAAAAGAAAAGCACCAACCCAACCCAGACUUCCCUAGGCUUCUCUCUCUGGUUUUUCAGCACGUGUUAUUCUCUGCAUAUUAUAAAAUUGUAAAGAUCCUUAAUUUAUCUAUCUAUAUGUUACCAAUAAUAAAUUUGUGUAUGUUUAUUCAAAACCUGCCAAGGAGUUCAAUUCAGUUUUUUUGUUUCUUUAAGUACUUUGUAAAAGGUUCCCAUUCUUCUUUAAAGUCACAGUUGUCUUUAUUACACAGCUUGUGUGUCAAUUUUGCCAAUUCCGCAUAGUCCAUCAGUUUCCCUUACCACAGUUCUUUUGUCGGGAUUUCUUCGUUCUUCCCUCCUUGUGCUAUAAAGACUCUUGCCGCCGUUCUCACAUACAUGAAAAUGUUUUUCAAUUUCCUUGGCAGGUCUUUUCCUACAAUCCAUAACAAAAAUGCUUCAGGCUUUUUUACAAAUGUUAACUGGAACAUCUUCUUCAACUCAUUGUAUAUCAUUUCCCAGAAUUUUUAAAACUUUACUGCAAUCCUACCACAUAUGGUAAAAAGUCCCUUCUUUUUCCUUGCAUUUCCAACAUAUAUUUGAACCAGUUUUAUACAUUCUUCCUAUCUGCUCUGGUGUUAUAUACCAUCUAUACAUCAUUUUCAUGUAGUUUUCUUUCAACAAAGAGCAGUCUGCAAAUUUUAAAUCCGUUUUCCACCAUCUUUCCCAAUCUUCAAACAUUGUAUUAUGACCUAUAUCUUGUGCCCUCAAGAAAGGAGGUUAUGACUAAACAUCAGGAAGGUCUUCCUGACAGUAAGAGCAGUGGAACAGACUCCCUCUGGAGGUUGUGGACUCUCCUUCCUUGAAGGUUUUUAAACAGAGGUUGGAUAGCCAUCUUUGAGGGAUGCUCUUGCUGAGAUUCCUGCAUUGCAGGGGGUUGGAAUAGAGGACCUUUGGGGUCCCUUCCAACUCUACAGUUCUAUGAUUCUGUGAUUCUAUUAUCCUAAGAUAAUAGAAAAAAAAGCAGAGACAUCACCUUGCCAACAAAGGUUUGUAUAGUUAAAGCCAUGGUUUCCCCAGUAGUGAUGUAUGGAAGUGAAAGCUGGACCAUAAAGAAGGCUGAUCGCUGAAGAAUUGAUGCUUUUGAAUUAUGGUGCUGGAGGAGACUCUUGAGAGUCCCAUGGACUGCAAGAAGAUCAAACCUCUCCAUUCUGAAGGAAAUCAGCCCUGAGUGCUCACUGGAAGGACAGAUCCUGAAGCUGAGGCUCCAAUACUUGGGCCACCUCGUGAGAAGAGAAGACUCCCUGGAAAAGACCCUGAUGUUGGGAAAGAUGGAGGGCACAAGGAGAAGGGGACGACAGAGGACGAGAUGGUUGGACAGUGUUCUCAAAGCUACAAACAUGAGUCUGACCAAACUGCGGGAGGCAGUGGAAGACAGGAGUGCCUGGCGUGCUCUGGUCCAUGGGGUCAUGAAGAGUCGGACACGAGUAAACGACUGAACAACAACAAAUUAUCCUAAGGCAAAAGCUCUACUCCUGAGCUGUGCUUUGCAUUUCAUAUUGCAAGGGGAGGGUGUCUCUGAAGGACAGGGGCUUGUGAGGUUAUGCUGGGGCCAAACCACAAGCCCCAGAGAGCUUGACUGAGCCCCUGCUCGUCCACCUCGCAAGCCCCUCGCGACCAGCAUGCGACUGUCCUGUAUGUGACCAGGCCAUUCAGCUCAUCUCACUUAGCAGAUAAUAAAUAUCACCGGCCCCUGUUUUGCCAAAAGACAUUUUAAUCUGCGGAAGAGCUUAACGGCUCUCUCGGGCCUACGCAGGAGAAGGGCCAAUUUCUCCUCCGGCGCAAAUUCAUUUACUGCCGUGGAUGGGAGCUGGGGGUUGCUUUAAGGAUGAACGUGGCCCCAGGGAUGAAUGGAGCCAAGAAUAGCCGCUCGCAUCUCUAAGCCUGCGGUGUUCAGCUGGGAAGUCGAUCGGUGCGUUUCGUCACACGCUAGUAAUUCAUCAGCCAGCAGCCCGAUUCACGGACAGCGAGGCGAACAGACGUCCCUGCACAACCAAACUUCAUUCUCCAGCCACGUCGGGGAGGUAGAGAAUGAAUCAAUCUCAGUUUGUGGGGCCUGCCUGGUGUUUUUACUUGAGUAAAAUGUGUGCUUUUAUUUAAAAUGCAUCUCUGGGUUAUUUUGGGGGCAUAGGAAUUCAUUCAUCCCCCCCCAAAAAAAAUAUAGUCUGGCCCCCACAAGGUCUGAGGGACAGUGGACCAGCCCCUGCUGAAAAAAUUUGCUGACCCCUGGGCUAGUCACACUUCUCUGAAGUCUCUCAGCCCCACUCACCUCAAAGAGUGUUUGUUGUGAGGGAGGAAGGGAAAGGAGAAUGUUAGUCGCUUUGAGACUCCUUAGGGUAGUGAUAAAGUGGGAUAUCAAAUCCAAACUCCUCUUCUUCUUCUUCUUCUUCUUCUUCGUCGUCGUCGUCGUCUUCUUCUUCUAACCAUAUGCUGUAUUUGAUGCUUAUGGUCUGUAGAAUAGUAGAGUUGGAAGGGACCACAAGGGUCAUCUAGUCCAACCCUCUGCGAUGCAGGAAUAUUUUGCCCAACAUGGGACUCGAACCCAGGACCUUGACAUUAAGAGUCCCAUACUUCACUAACUCAGCUAUCCAGGGAGACUUAAAAGGCAAACAACAAAGCUAGGACCAUUUCCUAAUACUGGAAAGAAGGGAGACGGUAACACGUCAUUCAUUUUUUGCAUUUAUAGCUCACUUUUUUCCACGCAUGCCCACACAAAGACACACCUACCUUCCUCUCAAUGCAGUCAAGCAGUAUUCAAGGGAACAUCCCAGUCAAGCAUCUCAAGGGAACAUCCCAGGAUAGGUGCCAACUCCCUGGGGCCUUGGGUGCCCAAACACACAAAAAAUUCCCCAUGAAGGGGCCUGGCACCCACACAUUUGGGUGCCAGGGCCGUGCACGCUGUAAUGCACCCACAACCCCAGACACCCACAGUCGUGGGGCCUAGAUGGCACUGCUGCUUCCCAGACAGGCCAACGAGUUCAAGGAGGGCACAGGGCAGGGCAAGGGAGGGCUGCAGGCUGGGUAGGGUCCCCAGAGGCAGGCAGAGAGGCCUGGAGCUGUGCACCCGUCAAUCUUUUCUGUGUCAAACUCAGGCAGCUGCCUGCGUCCCUAACUCUGGUGCAGGCGCCAUUCAGGCAGGUACCAAAAAGGGAGAGAAAGGGGGCUAUAUUGGGCACACAUUUGCAUCGUAUUUGCAUGCCCCAAUUUAUAUGCACAGAGGCAAAAGAGUUAGAAACAGUUACUGAAAUUGCAGUCGAAGUGCAAUCGGUCUGCUGCCCAGGUGUUAAGGUCUUGGUGGGCACCGCUUCUCAGGUCCCCCAAUUCUCUGGUCUUUGACAAGACAGCCCCUUAAAGAGAGGACCCUGACGAACAGAGGAAUACCCUCUGUAAAGCAGGAACACCUGAAUGAAAAUGAAUGUUGUGGAUGAGCACAGUUGCCGCUAUCGGCCGAAUUGCAUAUAUCCCAGCCUCCAUCUCUCCCUUCCUCCAAGCCGAGGUCUAAUAAAUCUGGCUGGCUUGUCUGUUUUCCAAAUGCUUUUCACAGGCCCUUUCUCCCCACCAAAGGGGCAGAGGAAGCCAUGUAGAAGCAAGCUACUCUCCUGCUGGAAUAAACCACUGCUGUUUGGGAAAUCAGGAUGGACCGGUACAGCCCAAAGUGUUAAGUUGUGGGUGAACAUAUCAGACGACACAGCGAUUCUUCAGACAGCUCUUGUUUAUUCACAGUCCAGAACAGAACUGAACUGAAGGGUUCAGCCAACCUGCUUAUAUAGAGCUCAACUACAAAGCAACAGUAACAACUUUCUGUAACUAUCCAAUCACUGGAUGUCACUUUCAAUUCCUUAUUUGCAUAUGCGGACCUGGUGAAAACUAUCUACAGUAUCCCCCUGCUGGCCCAGGGUGAGAACUUCAGUACAUAACACAAAGCAUCUAAUUUGGUCAAUAAAGACCACAACGGUCCAUCCUCACUCCAGAAAUAUUGGUAAUUUUUUUUUAAUGUCUCUCUGGGAAAUAGCUCUCUGGUGGUCCACCUCCUAUAUCUGUGGGGCCCCAACCGUGGACUUGCUCAGCGAUGGCGGGGAUCAGCUGCAAGCCACCAUUUUUACCUUUCCCAUAAUGCCCUGGAGUGGUGUUACCUCAGGGGCAUUGUGGGAAAUCCAAAAGGGUGGCUCGCAGACCCAGGGCAGGUGUCAAUGCCGGUGGGCCUUGCCGGAGGAUGUUGGACCUGCUUUGCGGGAUAAAAAAUAAAUAGUAUUUAUUUUUAAAUACUAUACUAUUUUUAAAUAGUAUAGAGCUGGAAGGGCCUAUGAGGGCCAUCUAGUCCAACCCCUUGCAAUGCAGGAAUCUUUUGCCCAACUUGGGGCUUGAACACAGGGAUUAUGAGUCUCUACCAACAUAGCUAUCCCUGCCCCGAGGAACUUUUUGUCUUAAAUUUGACACACCGCAGGGGCAAUGGACGGAAGGAGGUUCAAUUGGGGGGGGGGGGAUGUGUUUAUUUCACAGAACGGUUGGCUUUUGAGGAGGGAGUUGAAGGGGGAGAGCGAAAAAAGAGCAUCACCAAGGUAUUUUGGGAGUCGGUUCCAGGCUGCUCCAGAAUGCAAGUCUGGUGAUAAACAAAUGCCCUUCCAAAAGGGACUUGAGGCUUGCCAAUUGCGGCACAAGAAACCUCUCAAAGAUUCUGGCUGCAUCCCUGCCUGGGAUUCCAGAAUAAUAGCUCGGCUGUUUUGUUUAAAAGUGAGAGAGAGAGAGAGCAUAACACGUGACCUCCUCUUUUGGGGAGAUGUGUGAAAUAGCAUGACAAUUUAACAAACAACACAGACUAAUCAUAGAAUCCUAGAGUUGGAAGGGCCCAGUGGUCAUCUAGUCCAACCCCCUGAAAUGCAGGAAUCUCAACCAGAUCAUCCAUGACAGAUGGCCAUCCAACCUCUGCUUAAAAAGGAGAGGCCACCACCACUCCUGGGAAUCUGUUCCGCUGCCGAAAAGCUCUUACUGUCGGAAAGUUUUUUUCCAAACUUUUAGUCAGAAUCUCCUUUCUUGCAACUUGGAGCCCUUGAUUCGAGUCCUACCCUCCGGAGCAGGAAAAAGCAAACAUGCCACUGAGAUAUUUGAAGAUGGCUCUCAAAUCUCCUCUCAGACUCCCUUUUUUCCAGGCUAAACAUCUUUCCAAGCUAAAAUCUCUUGUUAGAAGGGGUGUCCAUCUUCAAUGUUUCUUUUUUUCCCUUUUCAUUCCCUGGUACAGUUAACAACAUACCAGCUCCAAAAUAGCUGCAACUUUUAAGCAAGGGUGUGCUUUUACUCACAACCUUACUGGUUAAUAUUUGCUGAUUAAAAUCAGCAAAUCACGAAGCUCCCGGCUCUAUCAUGCAACAUUAUUACAUGAGCACUGUUCCACAGCGUUUGAUAUUUUCAUUUACAUACAUUCAUUCGAAAUAAGAUGGGUUUAUGAAGCAAUUCUAUAUCCUCCCACCACACUGACGAAGAAUUCUACGAAACAGGUGUCUAUAUCCGGAAUCACUGUUCAGUGUUGGGCAUCAUGUUUGCUGAAUACACAAAGCUUCACAGCUAGUCUUUCAUCGUACAAAGUCUGGUACCUCGCUUCAUUCAAAGAUUUCCAGAGACUUUGAGACUAAAGAUUUCAUUUUGGACUUGUUAUGGUUUGAAGGAAUUCUAUAAAAUAUUGUUUAUUGCGCAUGUACAUGGUCAUUGUGUUGCCUAGACAUUGCUGAUGCAGCCAAUCCCUGAAGGGAGCAGGCUUGAAGUCACCACCCUAUCACCUGGGAUAGCUCAGUGGGUGGAGCAUGAGACUCUAAAUCUCAGGUUUGUGGAUUCGAAUCCCACAUUGGGCGUGAAGAUUCCUGCAUUGCAGGGGGUUGGACUGGAUGAUCCUUGUGGUCCCAACUCUACAAUUCUGUAGUUCUAUGACUUCAAGCCUGCUGAACCGGUGCUUUGAAGUCCUGAGGACCGUUGCCUGAUGUCACUGUGAUGGCAGAUGCUUUGCCAGAGAGUUUCCCCAUCGACCUUGCCAGAAAGUGCCAGCAAGGUGUAAGGAAGUUAAGGAUUUGGCCCACCCACCAGAUCCAGUUCAUUUCUGGCACGUAGGCGACCCUGAGCUGAGCUGGAGAACUGAAAGGUCUGACUCUGUAGACAUCAUUUUCCUGUGUUUGGUUUGUCAGUGCAACUCACGAGAGCUUGAAGCCUGUAUUCAGGGUCUACUUAUGUUCUUGUGAAUGAAUAUAUCAUUUGCCCUGGAAUCUUGCAGCUUCUGAAAGUGAAGCCCACAGUUCAGACUCUGCAAAAUCAGGACCCCCACAAUGUUGCUGGGUGUUUUUCUUUCUCCCCGCUACAAACAGGUCCCGGAGGCUCCUUUUCUCAGCCAGCAAACUAUGGGGCUGUAUUGUGAGAGGGUGUUUUCUGUUCUCGCUUUCAGGAUUCCGAUGUUUCCUUGCCCCGCGAUGCCAAGUGCUCCGCUCGGAGCUGUUUUGACACCGGGGUUUAGCACCAGUGCCUUGGAAGCGCAUGCUAUUUACCCAUAAUACAAAUUAACACCGCAGUCACGCAGCGUCAUGAUUCAUCUAAAAUUAAAAAACAGUCAGGCUGAGUCAGAGAGUUAUUCUUAGCGUUCCCUGGGCAAUAGCCACGGAGGCCGGGCAGAGUGCAAGAGAGCCAUCUGCUGGACAGAGAUGGGCAACGCCAUGUGCCGGAACUCCGAGAGGGUUAAUGGGGGAUUAAUGGGGACAAAUGGGGAUUAAUAGACAAGAGAGGAUUUGAUGCUUGCACAAGAAAGCCUCUUCCAAUUAUCCAAGAACAUCAUGCCACAAUCAAAGGACUGGCCCUGCUGGCUUCUCAGCCGUUCCACUUUCUAUUUCUGAAGGCAAAACUCCAGGAAUGGAUAAUGGCAUUAGGGCAAGCGUUCAUUAUCGCUUUGGGGAGAAGAAUCUCGCCUUGAGGUUUCGGCCGAGGCUGGGCUGACACACGAACACCCAGACACAAUCCAUUCCCAGUAAUAAAGUAGACCAGGCUUCCCCAAUCUGGUGCCCUCCGGAUGCAUCAGACUUCCUGCAUUUCAGGGGGUUGGACUAGAUGACCCUUGGCGCCCCUUCCAACUCUACAUUCACUUUUUUUGCUUUUGUUUUUCACAUGUACUUUGUGUUUUUAUAUUGUGUUGUAACUGCCCUGAGACCUGCGGGUAUAGGAUGGUAUACAAAUUGUCGCUGUUGUUUUCUGCGAUUCUACAGACCCCAUCUACCCCAGCCUGGGGCCAUGCUAAAGGGUGUGAGGUUUGGAGACGCCAGUCUAGAGUCAACAAAUUUAGGCUGCAAUCCUAAUCUCGCUUAUUUCGAAGUAAACCCCGCUGAAAUUUUGCAUGGGGUUGAACCUUGGGCAUCCUGUCCGACUCUAUAGUUCUAUGAACCCAAGCGGGACUUACUUCUGAGUAGUGAUGGUUAGGGUUGCCUGUAAUUUAUUAGAUUCUCUUUAGACUCUGGGACAGGUGUAAAAAAUCAGACCCUGGUUUGACAUCCUUGACAUGAAUCAGGGCCUGGAGACGGAGUCCUCUUGGUUCCCUGCAUAUAAUAAUAAUAACAACAACAACAACAAUUAUUAUUAUUAUUAUUAUUAUUAUUAUUAUUAUUUAUACCCCACCCAUCUGGCUGGGCUUCCCCAGCCACUCUGGGCGGCUUCCAACAAAAUAUUAAAAUACCAUAAUACAUCAAACAUUAAAAGCUUCCCUAAACAGGGCUGCCUUCAGAUGUCUUCUAAAAGUCUGGUAGUUGUUGUUCUCUUUGACAUCUGAUGGGAGGGCAUUCCACAGAGCGGGUGCCACUACCGAGAAGGCCCUCUGCCUGGUUCCCUGUAACAUGGCUUCUUGCAGGGAGGGAACCGCCAGAAGGCCUUCAGCGCUGGACCUCAGUGUCCAGGUAGAACAAUGGGGGUGGAGACGCUCCUUCAAAUCUCAUUAUGAUCUGUAGGUGAGGGGAAGGGCUUGGGGGGGCUCCAUUUCUGGUGAAGAAGCAGGGGCUGGCCCCCAUGGGUGCCAUUGCAUGAGCAAUCCAUCCAAACAUUAAGAAUCACAGGAAUGCAGUACCGGAUAUAUGUAUAAGCUAAAAAAGCUAUUAGCUUAGGGCCCCACUCUCUUGGAAACCCCCCAAAAAAAUUAAAGGGGAAAAAACUGGAUGUACAUUUCCAAAAUUUAAAUAAGAAACAAAUGAAAUAAAACCUACAUACAGCAACAGUAUUUUGUGUUGUGUAGGCUCCUGUGAUGUAAGGCAUGGGCCCCACCUGCUAGCUUGCUCCCUGGUUUGCUCAUUUCUAUAUAUAGGGUGCCUACAUUCUGCAUGUCAGGACGCGGGUGGCGCUGCGGUCUAAACCACUGAGCCUAGGGCUUGCCGAUCAGAAGGUCAGCGGUUCGAAUACCCGCGACGGGGUGAGCUCCUGUUGCUCGGUCCCUGCUCCUGCCAACCUAGCAGUUUGAAAGCACGUCAAAGUGCAAGUAGAUAAAUAGGUACCACUCCAGCGGAAAGGUAAACGGCCUUUCCAUGUGCUGCUCUGGUCCGCCAGAAGCGGCUUAGCCAUGCUGGCCACAUGACCCGGAAGCUGUACGCCGGCUCCCUCGGCCAAUAAAGCGAGAUGAGCGCUGCAACCCCAGAGUCUUCUGUGACUGGACCUAACGGUCAGGGGUCCCUUUACCUUUUUUUAUACAUUCUGCAUGGACUGGUUGCAUGGCAACAUGUGCAAAUGGCUUUAGAUACCUAUUUUUUGUUGUUGUUUAGUCGUGUCCGACUCUUCGUGACCCCAUGGACCAGAGCACGCCAUGCACUCCUGUCUUCCACUGCCUCCCUCAGUUUGGUCAAACUCAUGCUGGUAGCUUUGAAGACACUAUCCAACCAUCUCGUCCUCUGUCGUCCCCUUCUCUUUGUGCCCUCCAUCUUUCCCAACAUCAGGGUCUUUUCCAGGGAGUCUUCUCUUCUCAUGAGGUAGCCAAAGUCUUGGAGCCUCAGCUUCACGAUCUGUCCUUCCAGUGAGCCUCAGGGCUGAUUUCCUUAAGGAUGGAUAGGUUUGUUCUUCUUGCAGUCCAUGGGACUCUCAAAAGUCUCCUCCAGCACCAUAAUUCAAAAGCAUCAAUUCUUCGGCGAUCAGCCUUCUUUAUGUUCCAGCUCUUACUUCCAUACAUCACUACUGGGAAAACCAUAGCUUUUACUAUACGGACCUUUGUUGGCAAGGUGAUGUGUCUACUUUUUAAGAUGCUGUCUAGGUUUGUCAUUGCUUUUCUCCCAAAAAGCAGGCGUCUCUUAAUUUCGUGGCUGCUGUCACCAUCUGCAGUGAUCAUAGAGCCCAAGAAAGUAAAAUCUCUCACUGCCUCCAUUUCUUCCCCUUCUAUUUGCCAGGAGGUGAUGGGACCAGUGACCAUGAUCUUCGUUUUUUCGAUGUUGAGCUUCAGACCAUAUUUUGCACUCUCCUCUUUCACCCUCAAUAAAAGGUUCUUUAAUUCCUCCUCACUUUCUGCCAUCAAGGUUGUGUCAUCUGUAUAUCUGAGGUUGUUGAUAUUUCUUCCGGCAAUCUUAAUUCCAGCUAGGGAUUCAUCCAGCCCAGCCUUUCGCAUGAUGAAUUCUGCAUAUAAGUUAAAUAUGCAGGGAUACAACUUACAGUGGUGCCUCGCAAGACGAAAUUAAUCCGUUUCGCGAGUCUCUUCGUCUUGCGGUUUUUUCGUCUUGCGAAACACGGCUAUUAGCGGCUUAGCGGCUCAGCGGCUAUUAGCGGCUUAGCGGCUAUUAACGGCUUAGCGGCUUUAAGAAAAAGGAAACAAACUCGCAAGAACUCGCAAGAUGUUUCGUCUUGCGAAGCAAGCCCAUAGGGAAAUUCGUCUUGCGGAACGACUCAAAAAACGGAAAACUCUUUCAUCUAGCCAGUUUUUCGUCUUGCAAGGCAUUCGUCUUGCGGGGCACCACUGUAUAUGCAGAAUUCAUCAUGCGAAAGGCUGGGCUGGAUACCUAUUAGGUCCAUAAAUUACCAUAUAGGAUAUAUUCAACACAAAAAACAGCGACAGUUUGUUGUUGACAAAGGACAGCUGGGCGUAUAAAGGGCCCCAUUACCUUCAGUAGCUUAGGGCCUCAUCAAACCUAAAGCCGGCCCUGCAGGAAUGUGUUGAGGCCAUAACUCUGGGGUCUGGAUCUUGGGUCCAGAAAGGAUCCCACCCCCAUUCUACCUUCGACCGCACCUUAAUGGUCUGAGCACACGUAUCAAAUGGGGCUUCCCAACAAAAAAAUGAGCUAGUUAGAGCUUCAAUGACACACUGGGCAAUAGAUAUGGAACACAGUAUAGGUUUUAACUUCCGGGGAAAACUCUGGAAAAGUCACUUGAAGUUCACAACACGUUAUUCUGUGAAGGAGAAGUACUUGAAAAUGAUUUGCAGAUGGUAUUUAACUCAGAGUAGGUUUGCUAAGAUGUAUAAGAGUGGAUCAGAUAAGUGUUGGAGAUGCAAAGAGGUGGAGGGAAUGUUCUUUCAGAUGUACAAGAUGGACUUGUAAAAGGGUAAAAGAGUAUUGGGAAAUGAUCCAUAGUGAAUUGAAAAAAAAGUUUAAAUGUACUUUCCCAAAAAAAAUCAGAGUCUUUUAUGUUGGGGAUAAUUCAGACUGAAAUUCCCAGGUGUCAAAAAAAGGUUAUUUAUGUGUGCUGUUACUGUGGCCCAUGUUUUGUUAGCCCCAAAAUGGAAAACGAGCAAAGAAGAAUGGCAGCUUAAGUUGACAGAAUAUGCACAACUCUCAGACUUAACAUAUAGAAUAAGAGAACAAGAAGAACAUAUGUUUUAAAAAGUUUGGAAAGUGUUUAUAGAAUAUAUGGGAAAUAAUUGCGUACAGCUGAAAACUCUGGCAGCGUUAAGAUGAAUUCAACAGUGUAAAUAAGUGUUGAGGGAUGCAAUAAGUUAGAUUCAGUGUUUGAUGUGUAGGGGAGAGAGUUCAAACCCUUUCUGAACCAUGCAGCACACUGUUUGGCCAUGGCCCCCAGAAGACCAGACCAGAUGCUCUCACACAGUGACAGGUUAAACAGAUUUUGCUGCAGCAUGGAUCGCUCCAGUUUAGGGUCCUAGCCAGCCAACCAUGCCCUCUUGCAGGAUAUUCCAUUUUCUUCAGACACGCUUCCAUUUUCCAGUGUCCCCCUCUCUAGCAGUCAGCACUCCAUAGCAACUGAGCAUGUGAAGUCUGCAAUGGGAUGCAAUGUGAUUCUUCUGUAAACCUUGGGUUUUCCUGAGCCAGGUGAAACCUUCCACUUCUGCAUGAACUGUUCUGGCUCUGCAGAGUCGGCACUCACCCUCCAGACAUGACUGUUGGAGGGAUGUAAUAAUAAUAAUAAUAAUAGGGAAUAAUAAUGUUUAGGGAAGCUUUUAAUGCUUAACAGACUAUUGUAUUUUAAUAUUUUGUUGGAAGCCACCCAGAGUGGCUGGGGAAACCCAGCCAGAUGGGCGGGGUAUAAAUUAUUAUUAUUAUUAUUAUUAUUAUGCCCAUCUGAUUGGGUUGCCACUCUGGCCAGCUCCCAACAAAAUACUUAAAACACAAUAAAACAUCAAACACUAAACACUAAACACUUCCCUACCCAGGGCUGCCUUCAAAUGUCUAGAAGGGAUAUUUAGAUUCCAGCAUUGCUAGGGUUGGACCAGAUGACCACUGGGUCCCUUCCAACUCUACAAUUCUACAAUUUUAUAAUUCUAAGAUUCUGUGAUGCUAAGAGGGAUAGAACUACCUAAACUGUAUAGAAAUUUAUUCAUGUAUGCGACUACAGUGGCGAGAACGUUACUUGCCCAAAAAUGGAAAGAAGAAGUCCCAGCAAAGGAAGAAUGGAUACAAAAACUUAUGGAAUAUGCAGAAAUGGUGAAACUUACCAGAAGAAUAAGAAAUCAAGAGAACAAACUUUUUUAUAAAAGAAUGGAAAUGGUUUAGUGAAUAUUUACAGAUAAAUUGUAAACAGAUAAAAACACUGACAAGAUUACCGUAACAACCCGCAGCUACAUAAGAUUAUAUAUUUAAAGAAGAUAAGUAAAUGAGUAAGUUAAGAUAAUUUAGAUAAUGCAAAAUAUAUUAAAAAUAAAUUUAAGGAGCCACAGAAAGAGGGGGAAGGAAGUCAAAUUUUAAAAUGUCUAAAUGUCUAAAGACCUUUUUUUGCUUUACUGUUUUGUAAUUAAUAUUGUGUUUAUCAAUAUUUUCAUUUGUUUUUGUUUUCUUUUUUGGUGUAUCAAUAAAAAAAGUCAAAAUGACUGUAAAAUCAGUGAAAAGUAUGUAUCUGAAAAGUAUAAUUAAAAUUUAAAAGAAAAAAAAAGAUUCUAUGAUGCUAAGGUCCGUGGUCUGACCCUGCAAAAGCCAUUCUUACGUUCUUGCCUUGUUUUCUCUCCCAUCUCCCGCCCAGGUUCCUUCUUCCCUUCCCUGAAGCCCUCGGGGAUGCUCUUCAAAGUCAUCUUCUGGUUGGGCUACUUCAACAGCUGCGUCAACCCCAUCAUCUACCCUUGCUCGAGCAAAGAGUUCAAGAGGGCUUUCACCCGCCUCCUCAAGUGCCAGUGCCGGAGGAGGAGGAGGCCCAUUUGGAGGGUCUACGACAACCACUGGCGAGGGGCCUCCAUGAACGGGUCGGGCCAAGACUCCGAGAGGGAGCCCAGGUCCAGGAUCUCCACGCUCAACGGCUCCUUCAUGUUGAACUCGGGCAGCUUGGAAAGAGCCAGCAAACGGAGGACUCUGAACUUCAAGAGGUGGAGACUCUUUUCCCCUUUCCAGAAGCCCUCCACCCAGCUGAAGGAAAAAAUGAACAGCCUCUCGCAGAAAAUCCGGGGCAGCUCCGUCAAAGGGGGCGCCGUGGCCUCGUACAAGACAGAGGUGGAGUCGGUCUCCAUCGGGAUCCCCAAUGAGUUCAUGGAGUGCAUUGAGUACCAAAUGUACGACGAUUUGACGGACUCCGAGUCCUGCGGGCUUAAGGAGACGGAUAUUUAAUUGCCAGCAGGGAUCUCUGCCCUUUGGGGUUCUGUUUUCUUUUGGCGAUGUCUCUCGCGCAGUGGUUGGCUGUCAAAAGGGGGGGCAGGUAGACUCAAGUGGAUGCCCUGGGAGCUGAGUGCGGGAGCCCGAGUUUUGAGUACAAAAGGCCCCAUGCUCUGUCCCAAGCCAUCUCCCGUCCAAGAAGGGUCUCAGGUAGCAAAAACUGAGGAAGAAAAUGUCUCCUCCGCCAGAUACCUUGGAGAGCCUCUGCCUGGCCAUGUAGGCAAUACUGAUUCAGUUGUGUCUGACUCAGGAUAAGGCAGAUUAUAAACUGUUUGAUUUGAACCCGGUCCUUUCCCUCAGCUGUCAUCAAACUUGGAAUCUGCGAGAGGAGAAGUUGCCACCAGUUCCUUCCACCGGGCAAAGUCCACCGGAAUGAAAGGUGGUUGGCAAAUGCCCGAUUUUAAGCCCAGGUGUGGGGUGCCCCAUUUUGUACUGGUGCUCAGAAUAUUGCGGUCGAAUCCACCAUGGAUCUGGAUGGGACCCUUUGAGGUCUACAUGGGCAGGUCUAGCUCAACGGACUCCCGUGAGCGUUGGGGUAGUCCAUGGAAGAAGAGUUUGUCAGCACAGGAGACAGAGCUGUGAGAAAUAUCUGUUUCUCUUAUAGGCAAGGGGGUGGUCUUGGUAGGGUUGGGAAACCCUUUUUAAUCUGUGCCCCCCCUCCAUAUUACUUGGCACCGGGGAAACCCCAAGUAUUUGCCUAGAAACUCCGAAAUGCAUAAAUUAAUGGUACAAGUCAAUAGACGGGUUUGGGGUUUUUUUGCAUAAAUUUGCCCAACUGUUACUCUUUAUUCUGAGCUCUUGGUUGCAGAAAACUGCAAUUUUUGGCCAUGUGGAGUGAAAUAUACUCGGAGUCGAGAGUGGAUUUCAUGCUCUUUAUUCAACUCGUAGUGGUGAGGAGGAAUGGAAGUUCCCCCAGGAUGUCUGCUUUAUAUACAUUAUUUACACAAUGUGCCCCACGUGAUUGGCUAAUUCCGGGAUUCACCUGUAGGCCAAUCAGGCUGCGGAUUCAUUUCCACCUGGAGCUGGAUUGGUGGCUCCUGUGGACCAAUCAGACUGCUGCAUUCUGGGUCCUAUUGUUCUAGGGCCAAUCAGACUGCUGCAUUCUGAAUCCUAUUGUUCUAGGGCCAAUCAGACUGCUGUAUUCUGAAUCCUAUUGUUCUAGGACCAAUCAGACUGCUGCAUUUUGGAUCCUAUUCAACUCAGUACAUAACAUGGAAGCAGGAGAGGUAAGGGCAUGUGACCUCAGGCAAGAGGGGGAAAGAGGGUAGCCAAUCAGAGAGCUCACAGAAGCUCCACCCCUUGAUCCAGAGGGGAGGAGGAACAGAGUCUAACACAGAAUAUCUCUUUCAUGUCAUUAUUGUUUUGAGGGAAAAAGCAAGACGGAGGGAAUAUCUGCUUGGAGUGCAACUUUCUGAGGGACACAAAUGUGGCCCCCAAGGCCUCCUAUCAGGCCCUUGGAACACUCUCCAGGUCACACCCUCCCCUCAGGCCACACCCCUUACUGUCCCUGCUUUGCAUCCCGGGUGUUUCUGCUUGGCUCAAGUGUGCCCUUGAAUUCUGACGAUGCCUUUUGCUUCUCUGGAUGGAAGAUGGAGAGCAAUGUGUGUUUGUGUGAAUGUGCAGAAACAUGCCUACUGUACAAAGGUAGCAUUUGCAUUCAUUGCUCCACCCAUGUCUGACUCUGACUCCACCCACCGCCAGCAUACAGCCCUCAGAAAGCUACCCAGCUGGGAAGGCGGCCCUUUGUGUGAAAAAGGUUGUGCACUCCAGGUUUAGAGAACAGGAGAUGUCCCCAUUUUCAAAAUUUAUUCCUGCAACGAAGUGGUCUAGAAGCUUGCUUUCUAACUGGAGUUUUGAAGAACCCAAGAACUUUAGAUUUAAAAGAAAUGCUGAAAACAGCAGAAAUCCUAAAAGCAGAUCAAAUGUAACUUAGCUAUGAAGUGAGGUCAAGUCAGUACAGUGGUACCUUGGGUUACAAACACUUCAGGUUACAGACUCCGCUAACCCGGAAGUAGUACCUCAGGUUAAGAACUUUACCUCAGGAUGAGAACAGAAAUCGCGUGCCGAUGGCACAGCGGCAGCAGCAGGAGGCCCCAUUAGCUAAAGUGGUACCUCAGGUUAAGAACAGUUUCUGGUUAAGAACGGACCUCCAGAACAAAUUAAGUUCAUAACCAGAGGUACCACUGUAUUACAACAGGGAUCUUUUUUUAAAAAAAACCAAGGAUGGGGACCAGGUCUCCUUAAUCUGUUUGGAGAGAUUGUCAGCUUCACCACUGGACUCAUUCAUUUAACCACCUCCCCUGGAUCCCACAAUUUGUAAUUUGCAAACUACUCAGUAUUUGCAAUUUGGUUAGGGGAAUGUGACAAAAUUCACUUUGCCACAAUGACUGGGUGUGGCAGACAACCAGCCCUCCACAUGAGUCCACACUGCUAUGAUUGUCUGUUUGUAUGGAGGCCGAAAUGACUAUGAGUUGAUGACAGUCACUCAACGGUGAGGGGAAAUCACUCUGCAUAUGUUCAUGUGUAGAAAGCAAUCCCCACCUCACCCGACUGCCAGAAAUCUUACUGUAUUUAGCCAGCUUGGCAUCUCUCAUUGCCCGCAUGCUUUCAAGUGACUUUUUGUGGUCAUGUGGACUAGAAACCUGAAGCAAGAAUGAAAGCACAGGUUCGGUGGAAGCACAAGUUCAUGCCCAGCACCCAGAAUUCUGAGAGUGUUUAGAUUUGCACAAAACAGAAGCAUCGACCAAAGAAGGAAAAACUGGUAGGACUUGCAAAGGUUUCCACCUUGAUUCAACCUCUAAACUAAGGUUUACAGUUGCGUUCCAAGGGUAGCAACUGUGAUUUUACAGUGAGAAAAGUGAAGGAAGGAAGGAAGGAAGGAACUGUAGGUGGAUGGUGGGACAGCAAGAAAGGGCUGUAUGUACAUUUUUCUAUUCCCUUUUCUCUGUGCUGUCACAGCACACGCCGACUGGAUGAAUUUCAGGCGGCCAUUCUGGUGUUUGUCAAAAUAUUUCCCCCAAGGCAGCCAAUAAUGUCAGGCAAAAACUGGCCCUCAUUGAGCUGACACAACUCCAUCUGGUCUGCGUGUGUUUCUGAGAUAACAUUUGCCAAAAUUAAUGAUUGGAAAGAACCGGCGACUGCAUGUAGACCCUAUGAACCCCAGAUUUCUUAAAUCCCUGGCAAAAUUCCCAAUAGGACAUCUUGGAUCAAAACGUGAUUCCUCCCCCCCUCACAAUCCCUUUCAUUUUUUAUUUGGACCUGGGUGGCAGCCAGCAAAUCAGAGCCCAUAGCAACUGUGAAUCAAACCCAAGCGCUGAAAAUAGCAUCGUAGCCAUUGAACGCCGCCUGUAGUUGUUUUCAUAAGGAAACAACUUUGGCCAUCAAAACCCCGUUGGCGCAGAGUCAAAAUUCCACUUGAGGUCAAUGGGAAGACUUGAAUGUAGAAAUUAAAAAAAAAAAAACAGUUAAUGUGGAGUACUACUAAAAUCUGUGGAUUUCUGUUGAUUUGGGAUCAAAACGGACAGCAUCCAUGCAAUGCACAGAUUGCUGCGCAUGAUUCUUCACAAACAUUGAGGUAAUAGUCAGGAUACAAUGAAUAUUCUCUAGUUUUGCUUUUUUCCCCCCACCAAACUAAAGAUAGACAUUUUGGUCGGUUGGAAAGAUGUAUUUAAAAACAUUGGAAAUUACCGGACAUUUAGUCAUUCUUGCCCAAAGAUACCAUGCGUGAGCAUGAUGGUGUCACGAUGCCGUAUAGCCAAUGGUAUUUGGCCGUGUGAGGACAUGACCGAGGGCAACUGAGGGCAAUUAUUGGGUGCCGUGAGGGCAGUGCUUCCUGGAUUACUCUCUACUAGGAGAGCUUCCUGCGAAGCUUUUGCAGGCAACCAUUCUUUUCCCAUGACAUGAAAAGCUGCUGUAAGAUGGGCUUUUCUGUGACUCAAGCUUUCCUAGGCAGCAAUAUAUAUAUGGCGGAUGUUGCACAGUGAGUGGAGGAGAUAAAUCAGAUUCUUAACAGGAAUACUAAACAUAUGCUCUCUCCUGGAGCACUGACUGCUGUGAUUGCAAUGCAUACACAAUUGGGGAAGCAGUUCUUUUCUAGUAACAACAAAAUGUUUGCAGCUUUGCUAAACCCCCAUGAAACACUUACAAUUUGUUAACGGAAUCCCACCCUGCCAUCUGUUGCCACAAUUGUCCUUUGAUGCCACUCUGUUUUAAGCACAGAGAGUGUAAAAGAGAGAUGGUCAGCUUGUAUCUGGAGAACUGUGUCCAAUCCUAGGUGCAGAAUUGUAGCGUUGGAAAGGACCCAACGGAUCAUCUAGUCCAACCCCCGACGACGAAAGGGAAAUAAAACAAAAUAAACAUAAAGAUAUAAAACCUGGUCAGCUCAUAUUAAAAAUGCAAUUAAAAUCCAAUUGAAAAUAAGCAUGCAUACAAGUUGAUGUAAGCCCUCCAGAGGCCCAAAUUGGUAUCCACCCAAGACUGGAGUUCAUAGAAAAUAUGUUUUCCAAUUUAGCCAGGGUGUGGUGAGGUCCUCAGACUGUUGCUUAGUAGAUGGUGGGUAUUUAUUCUUUCAGGCACAAAGUUAAGGUCUUUUAGUGACCAUAGCAGCUCAGAAAAUCCACUUUAGUUGUCCUGAUACAUACUACAGGAAUAUGAUUGAAAAGUACACAAACAUCUGCAAAUAUCAAAGGUUCUGCCAGUACAAAAUUGAUACGGACAGCAACUUCAGACCCAAAAGGAGUAUAUCUGGUGGCAUUUUCCACAUCGCAACUCCAGCAUCAUUCUGUAUCAGACAAUACUUCUUAUAAAGACAUUGUGGAGCCCAAUACACCCCAAACAUCCAUUUUUGCUGGCACAGUCUCAAUUUUGGAUCGAAGGAAACAUUCCUCAUAGAUCCUAAAGCAAUUUUCCAUUGUUUAGCUUGUGUAACACAUUCUAAUUCUCUAUUCCAUGCCACUGCACGUCCAGAGGAGGAGAGCCAGGAUGGUAAAUAAAGUCCUACAAGGUCCAGUAGAAAGAGCUGGGAACGUUUAGCUUGGGGAUGGGGAGGAUGGGGAAGGUGGGGAAGGGGAAGCAGAAUAACAGUCUCCAAACAUCUGAAGGGCUGCCAUGCAGAUAUGCUGAUAUGCUGUUGGGCAUCUCUCUUGCCCCAGAGUGCAAGAUAGGAGCCAACUGUUAGAAAUGGCAAGCGAGCAGAUUUUGAUUAAACUUUGGGAGACAUCCUUGGGGUGUGGGGGCUCUCCUUUACUGGAGGUGUUUUGGCAGGCUGGCUAUUGGUCAGAAAUAGUAUACCCACAUCUUGAGGUCAGGUUGGAUGGCCUCAAGGUGGAUUCUGAUGCUGUGGAGUCUGUGAAAAUGCUCUCUUGCUAGUUGCUCUGCAGUCUCUUAUACGAGAAGAUUCAUCACUAGCCGGCACUCCUUCCCACGGAAAGUAGGAGCAAAGUAUCUGCAUGUGUCCAGAUGUUUUGGAGGUUCAGAACCAGGUUUCCCUAAAGAUCCCCCACAUUGAGCGAGAAAGAUUUCUGCAUCGCAGGGGGCUGGAAUAGAUGGCCUUUGUGGUCCCUUCCAACUCCUCAACCCCACCCUUGGAUUGCGUCAGCAACCAAACAUUUCCGUUGCCUCGAGUGACCAAACAUAUAUGCAGUCAUUACGGUCUCAACAGGAUCACACUGAUUACCUACGAAUGGGAGAUCACAAGAGUCAGCGCCCAGGUUAGGACUAAUAAAUAGAACUGUUUCUGCUUGCUUGUAAUUUACGUGUCAGGUCAACUUCUCGUGAAAUGCUAGUGUGUUAAGCCAAGCUUGUGAAUACUCAAAAAAAGAAAAUGAAGUAUCCAGAUCACAUUGGCCUGCAUCCAGAAAAAAUAAUAAUAUUGCAAAGUGGCUGUAGCGAACCUCAGUCUGGCAGGGUGUUGAAGGGAUCACAUGCCCAGACUUUCUGAGAAAAUCCACUCUAGUCCACUUCAACAGUUUAACAAUAAAAAGAAUCAGCCCAUGAUUCCAGGGAUAGAUGCAUAAGCACAUGAAUCCGUGAAUGCAUACUCAGUGAGUGAUCCGAAGAAGGGUCAUGCAGAUGUAGGACAGAGCUAUGCACACGACCAGCGUUGCUCUUGGUCCUUUUGCUGCAGAAAAUUCCCACCGCUGAAGAGGCAAGCCUCUGUUUCAUUAUUCAGAAGACUUGCCUCUUCUGCAGCGGGAAGGAAAACAGCAGCAGCAGCAACGACCAAAUGCAGAGCCCUAUGUUGGACAAUGGAUGUAGCAUAUGGAUUGUGUAUGUCAGAUCUAUCUGAUCCCCAGAUUUCCCUCGUCUGCUCAGCACAGUUGAUUGAAUUCCAUACAUCAGCAAAAUCUCACCAAUGCUACGAAAGAAAGGAAGAAAGCUUCAUCCACUGUAAUGCUGGACUGAUGUUUUAUAAUCUUUCUAUUUUAUUGUUUACAGAUGUGUACAUAGGUGUACAUUUCCUUUAAUGAAUCUUUGGAUAUUUCAUGUCUCGUUCCUCUUUUCUCUCUCCCUUUUAACAAUCUGCAAGUGUAUUUAUUAGCCAGAGUGGGUUUUUCCUUCCUGUCAUUUGAUGCAAACUCUGCUGGAUUGAUUUAUGUAUACCUUUGCAAAACCAGAAUGCACAUUAUUAUUAUUUUGUUUAUUUGUACCAAAUACACGCACAACUCUGCCUAAAAAAGAAAAAAAAAAGUGCAUUGUUUAAGACGUGCCGUG